AUGGCCGAGGGAAAUACAUCUGGGUAAUAUGAAGAAGCUACUAUCCCUAAAUAGCAAGUUACGAAGUGAAAAAGAUUAGUAGAUAAAAGAGAGGAUUGGUUGAAGCCUUUAUACAAUAAUGAUAAUAAUAAUAAAAAAAUAUUUUCAACCAGAAAUAUUGCUCCAAUCAAAAAAUGAUAAGAAAUUGAUUUUAUUUAUUUUUAAUAUUUAGCCGCCGAUAGAAUGAGUCGUCUUUUGAUAUCUAAAUUAUUUUUCUAUUAACUGGGAAAAACUAAAAAGUAAGAAAAAUAUGAUUUUUUUUUUUUCAAAUUAUGGUACAGCAAUUUCAUUAUUUUACAUUUUUACGGAUUAUAUUUUCUAUCAUAAAAUAUUACUCCAAUAAAAACAAACAAGACUUUCGUUGCUCUGACUUUAAGGUGACAGUUUAUUUUAUUUUCUUUGAAGUUUUUUUUUAAUAAUUGAGCAAAACCAAAAAUGAAGUAGAAAGAAAGGGGAAACACACGAAAAUAAUAUUUUUAUUAUUUUAAAUUUAAUUCAGUCAACAUAUUUGUAGAGAUUUGUAAUUUUGACUUAUAAAUUGAUUUUUCUAGACGUGGUAAAACUUUCAAAUCAUUUGAACUAUUUUUGAGCAAUGUAUAGACAUUUUUAUUUUUGUUUGGUAGGUGGAUAAAAUUGUUAGACCAAACAGAAAUGAUAGAAAAUGUAUAAGUCGUAUUUAGAAAUCAAUAAAAAUGAGGAUUGUGUGUGGGUAUAUGAUUAUAUAUUUUUUUUAAAGAGUUUUAAAAUUAAAUUUUGACGAAAAUUGUAAAUAUUACAGCCUUUCAAAACAUAUAUAACAUCACUCCGAAUCGCACACAACUCGAUGUUUAACCGACAUUUCCACCCGACGAAAAUUUUAUAGACGGUUCAGUAACCGCGGUCCGUUAUGUUAAAACAAAUGCAUAUCGAUUCGGCAACAUCCGUCUCAAUAGAGAACGAUUACUGUUAUAUAUAGUCAUUAUAUCCCGAUGGCGGGCCUCGAUCGGCUGGUAAUCGAUUAUGGGUUGCAAGAUGGUUUUCUUUUCCGGCUGUUGUACACGAGCGGUCGACCAGUAAGCUGAAACGGUGAGUCGGGUCCGCGAAUAGUCCACGAUGGACCCCCUAUAACCUACACACUCGCGUACCGUUUUGGCCCGUGUUCACCGCAUCGUUUCGUUUCUUCUGCCAGGAAUCCAACGAUGAAUAUCGUUACGAAACAUCGGUGGUUGAUAUCCCCCCCAACCCCCUCAAACCACUCACAUCACUUUCACAGUAAGUAUUCGACGGGACGCGGUCGCCGGUCGUACAUUCGCGCACGCCUAAGUCCGAAAGUCGCGGUUACGGUUUUUUCAUGUGCGCAUAAUUAUAUAAUAAAAUAAUCUUAUGUGGUUUUGGAACGAUUCUAGUUUAGCUACCACGCGAUUUUUCGGGUUUUUUUUUUUUUCAAAAUGUGUGUUUUUGCGUGUACAUUAAAAAUAUAAAAAAAAAAGUCAGACGAAAUUCGUUUGGAAGUUAUGGUGGAAAACUUCAUAAAGUACGGGUUUUCCUUUUCGAGUAUUUUUUAGUUAAAAUUUAAAAUUUUCAAUUUUUUUUUUUUCUAAAAUGUGUGUUUUUAGACGCUUAAUCUAUUGGUAUAAUCAAAUCUUACUCAUUAUACUUUUAAAGUUUUUGUAUAUAAACCUUAAAAAAAUAGCAUUUUUGGAAUUAAUCCAAAAUGUGGUCAAAAAUAGAAAUAUUUUUAUUAUUAUUAUUUGUAGUUAUCGAUAUUUAGAUAACAAAGUUUUUUUUUAUUGAAGUCAGAAUAAGUCUAUCAGACUUGGGUUUAGAGUUACAGACGUUCAAACUUGCUAUACUUUACUACGCUCAUUCGGACAAUUUUGAUCGAAAAUAACAAACGAAAUUAUAUUGCAUUGUAUUUUAUUAUACCGCGUUAUUAGCACAUUACGUUUGAGUGUGAAUAUUAAGUGAUAAAUCUCAGAAUAAAUCUUGAUAUUGUAGAUGUAUAAAAAUUAUUAGGAAACAAAUUAUUAAAAUCAUUGUAUAAGAAAAUAUUUUUAGAAAUAUUCUUUUCUAUAAUAGAUGUUGAUAUUGUUUGAUUGAAAAUUACAAUAAAGACUUUAACAGAAACGAUUUUUCAUGACACAAUAUUGAGUCAACUUUAGCUGUCACCAUCUAAUAUUUUGCGUUGCUGAGAUGUUAAUUUUCGAAAUUCUUUUUAAGUAGAAAACUCUUCUCCGUUUUUCAUAAACUUGUUCAUAAUGUCCUUACCAAUGUUCUUUAAAAAAAUAUAUCAGCUUGUAAUUUAAUUAAAUUGAAAUUUCUUUGAAUUUUUUUAUUAGAUUAGACAUUUUCUAGAUUGUGUGCUAUUACUAAAUUCAUACCAGUAGUCUGGAAAUACCUAGAUAAAUAAUUUUCAACAAUUUUAUAAAAAUAAAAGCCGUUAAAAUUUUGGGCAUUGUAAAAAAUAAUCUUUAAAAUGUUUAGCCUUAACUUUAAUAUCACAGUUAAAGGAGUUUGAUUGUAUAAUGGUAUUAUUUACUAUUAUAAAAAAAUGUAUAAAGCACUAACGUUUGCAAAAAUUUGGUUUAACACUUUUUCUUCAUUCCCAACCAUUGCUAGCUACCAUUUGUCAUUUUCUCCAAUGACUGAUUUUUAUAUAUCAUUUAAAUGAUUCUUAAAAAAAAAAAGAAACAGUUAUAUCAUUUAAUAAAACAAAUAAUGAAGCAGCUGGUAAAGUUAACUUAACUAGUAGCAUCAAUUGAAACUAAGUUCAGAAUAAGACUAUAACACCAGACGUGUACUUGAGACUUAAGUAGGUGAAGAUUUAGAUAACCAAGCAGAACAGCUAUAAUAUUGGCCCUAAAUAUUAGCUGCUCCAUCAGUAGCAUUUCCCACAGAAUUUUCAAUAUUUAGUCCAUUCUCAGUUGAUAUAUUUUUCAUAAUAGUAUGGAAACUCUUUCUUUUUGAAUCUUACAUAAUAACAACUAAAAAUAAUUUGUCAUUAAGGUCAUUUUCAUUUACAUAUUUUAAAAUUAUAGAACAUUGGUUCUGAGUUGCAUCUAUUUAAAUAGAAAUAUUUCUACUUUUUGAACUUCAGUAAUAAUUGAUUUUUCAUCAACCUUCCAAUUAUAUAAAUUAUUAAAGUAAUGGUAGUUUUUGACAAAAAAGUAAGUGCUGAACCUCGACCUCAGGCAGAUGAAUAUUGAUAACGUGCAAAUUUGGUUUGAGUAUGUUCAAUAACAUUGUAAACAUGUGCACUUAAAACAAUAUUGUAUGUUUUUAAAAGAAUAAUAAUUUCAAGAAAAUUUCUGUGAUCUACUACUGUGGUUUCAUUUCUAUGUGCUCGAUAACUCAGUGCAUAUUUACCAAUUAGUUUCAUAACAUCAAAAUUUCUUUUAAUAGUUUGAAUUUUUUUUUUCAUACAAUAUUUUCAUAAUGUUUUUAACAUUUUUAAAUUUAUAAAUUAAAGACGAGAUUAAGGAUAAUAAAUAUAUUUUUAUAAUAUAUUAUUUUAUUAUUAUUUUGUAACAAUGUAUAAAUACUUUUUCUUUUACAGUUUUAAUGUGACUUCAUUGUUAGGACUCAGGAACAUGGUUGUUAUUGAUUAUGGUUAUACUAUUUACUAUGCUAUCAUACAUCAUGAUCAACUUCCGAGCUUAAUUCAUCAAUGUUUUAAAAUGUUAAAGUAUACAAGUAUUAAGUGUAUAAGUUAGUGUUAAACAAAUGCACUCCAACUUAAAUAAAAAAAAAAAAUUUUAAUUUACUACCUAUAUCGAGAUAACUAGAAAAAAAGUAGAUAGGUAAUUUUUAUUAAAAUAAAAUGAUCACAUAUCCAGUAUUCAGUAUGUAGAAAUAUUUAAUUUUAAUAUAUAGGUAUUUUAAAAUUAAAAUUAAUUAUUUAAUAUUUUAUUUAAUUUAAAUAUUUUUAUUUUCAACACAAAUUGUUGAUUGGAAGAAAUUACCUAUACAUUUAUUAUACUUUUUAUUAUCCCUACUUAAAUUUGUCAUGAUAAAAUAAAAGUAGUGAAGGUUAUCUGUUUAUAAUAAUUUAUUUAUUUACUUGUUUGUCAGAAGUCUUGUUUUGAAAACAUUUGGUUUAAAAUUAAACAUUAUUUAGCUAAAUCUAAUACUAACUCUUUGUUUUUUAGUUUUCAGCGCCGCAUAUUUGUCGUUUGUUUCAAAUUUUGUUAUUUAAAAUUAAUAUUAAUUUGUUGGCAAACGUAAAAUUAUAUUUGUAUUUUGUAAUAAACAUUUCAAUUGUAAAUAACGUACGGUUCACACUUAACAGACUACUCAAUGAAUACCAAUAAUACUAUAUAGAAAAGAGAUUAAAAUAAUAUCAUAGAUUAUACAGAUUAUAUAAUCUAUGAUAAUAUAGUGAUACACCCAUAGAAGAGAAUAAUAUGUAUAGAUUUACUCAACGAUAAAUUGUUUGGCGUACUAUUGGAGACGCGAGUUACAAGUCGGUUUCGUUAUCUCCGUUGGCAUUACCAAUACGGAAAUAACCUGAAAUAACUAUCAUGUUUAUUUUUAAACUUUGAAUAAUAACCGAGAAAUUCCUUUUAAGUGCUAUAGAACUUGUACAUUACUUCGCAUUUUACUUACAUAGGUUAUUUGACCACAGAAUUCAUUCAGAAUUGUUUUUCGUUUGCAAUUUUAAUCGUUACGUGCACAGAUUAAUUGUUUUUUUUUUUCAUCGUUUAUUAUUUUUAUUACAAGAUUUCCAUUGGUGUUUAAGAUGUACUGCAGUGGGUGUCCGUCAUUACAUUAUAUAAUAUUAAUAAUAGUAUAUGUAUACAGAGUAAACAUUUUAUCACGAAUAUAAUUUAUUUUAAUGUGUAUACUGUGAAGUAUAUAUUUUACUGAUAAGUUAUAGAGGCAUAUACAAAUGUGAAAAUAUUAUGAAAGUAUCAUAGAAAUAACGAAAGUUUUAAGACUCCUGUUGCUGUUAGUGUCACUGUUUGACCUUUGAGGUUUUCAUCUUCUACCAAAAAAUAAAAACAAACUUAUUUUAUAAUUAUGUAUUAUCAUUAUGCAUAAAAAUAGUGAAAUUGAAACAUAUAUGCCAUUGAAUAUCAAUGCGAUAACAAUUUGAAAUUUAUUUAUAUGUAUAAACACAGGUAUGAUAUGUAAUCAUUAGAAUCUAUAUGAAGAAUAAUUUUUGUUUUAAUUUAUCGAUUAUAAUUUCUAAUAUCAUUAUCCUUGUUCAAAAAAUAUGAGUGGAAUAAAGCGUUAAAUAUAUUUUAUGUCUUAUUAGUUUUGACCCUAACAUUAACAAAAAAUCUUAAAAAGAUUUCUUAAAAACUAAUUAAUAAUAUUCACAAUUCACAUUGUUCAUAUAACCUUUUUGAUGUUUGACACAUAAUUUCUUAUUACCAUUUAUUUUUAAUUAUUUCUAUGAGUAUAAGAGAUAUUUUAUAUAGGUACAAUUUAUUAAUUUACGAUUUUUUUUUCUUACCUUUAAAGCUGUAAAGUAUGUUACUUUGGACGUAUAUUUUGGAGUUUAGAUUAAAACACAAAUAACAAAAUUUAAAGAUAAGAAUAUUUCGAAGGCUGUGUUUAGCUUUCCCUAAAAAAGCGUAUUAUUUUCUUUCGCCUUCAUCCCAACUAUUUGGGGUCGAACUCCCUCGUCUAAACGUUCACUCGACACGAUCCCACACAUCAUCCUCACAUGCACUUACUAUCCUCAUAUUCAUAUCAUUCUCAAUUGAAUCCAACCGUCUCUUUUUGGUAUUUCCCUCCCCUUCUUUCCUUCUAUGCCUAUUUGCAUUAAAAUUCAUACUGUUUCCGAUUAGUCUCUGCAUUGUAUUCAAUAUUCGAAAAUAUUAUUAUUUUUUAUAUUUUAUUAAUUGUGUUUAAACUUUUAUUCCAACCUAAACGCCAUAAUUUACUUUCUACGUAACGCAACUUUUCUUUGUUGCUUGUUGAAUAUUAUUAGACUGAGGCCGUAGAUACGAGUAUGGAGUUCUCUGAAGGAACUCUUUUUUCUAUCUGUAUAUAAUUCUUUUAAGAAAUAUAUUUCACUAUUUAACGAUUGUGACUCUUGUUGAGUCAAAAGAUGGGCCUAUUAUAUAUUUUAUAGAGAAGAGUAUUUAUAUUUUAUAGUAUGUCUCGGCCAAUUGAUUAUUUUUUUUACUAUUUUUAUUUUUUAAUAAUUUAUUAAUGGUUUAAAUAAAAAUAAAUGAAAUGAAAUUAAAAUGGGCAUUUUAUCACAACGAAAAUGAAAAUAGGUAUUAAUCGAAUUAUUCGGCUAAAACAAUAAAUACUUCUUGUUUAUAAUAUAUUUAAUAUAGGUUUUUAAGGGUCCUUCCUUUGCCUACCAGAGUCACAAUCUUCGAAGUACCUAUGAUGAAUGCCAUUGUCGGUGUAUUAUUAUAUGCGCGAAACACACAAAUAAAACAAAAUAUGUGUGGCCCCUUAAAAUCCUUGGAUAAAAUAGCCAGUUCGUGACAACAAUAAAAGAAUCACUCUGUAUAUAUAUAUAUAUAUAUAUAUAUAUAUAUAUGUAUGAUGAGGAACUGCAAUUUGAAUUGUGUGAAUAUAAUAGUUACCUAUUGGCUUAUAUUGACUAUUAUAUUGCACAGAAUUUGCAUCUUCAAAUCCGAUUUUAUUACUAUAAUAAUGUAUGUGUGUUGUAUUUAUAUGCGAUAAUGAUGGUUUUCACGAAGAGGAUGAAAUAUCCGUAUUUGUUAUCUCCGUCUUACAAAUGUUGAACAUGCUAAAUUUGCGUUCAAUAAAGAUAACGUUGUGCUGUUAGUUUUAUUAGAGUGAAUUGACCUAUUAUCAAACUUGAAUUUAAGAACAUUAUCUUUGAAACAUUAGCGCUAUUUUUUCGAUAUUUUAAUUUGCCCAGAGAGAUAUGAAUAUGUGAAAUGUUACAGUUUAAUAAUGUUUAUACACUUAUGUCAAGCUUUAAAAAUGAAAUAUCGAAAAACAAGCGCUAAUGUUGUACAGAUAAUAUUCUUAUCUUUAAGUUUGAUAUCGGGUCAAUUUAUUUUAAUAUCAAGAAUAAAAGCACUAAGUCAUCCCUGAUGAACACAAAUUUGUUACAUCGUACGUUUGUAAGACAGAGUCAGCACAUGUGAGUAUCACGUCCUCUUAAACGUUUAUUGAUUUAAUUAAGAUGUAUUGUGCACUAUAAUAGUAAUUAACGUACCUCAACGUUAACGGCGUUACGGUAUUGUCGCGUGAAACAAUAAUAAUAAUAAUAAUAGUAGUAAUAAUAAUAUUAAAAAUAUCCGGACAACGUUGCACGUCACGGCGGCGACGGUUCAUUAUAUAGUACACACGCGAGAGAACGUUACGCUGAAUUUUAAUUAACGGUGUACGACGAUGGAUACAUUCCUAAGAUAAUUGUGAAAGAUAACGAUAAUAUUGUCUAGGUAUAUAUGUAUAAAUGUACAAUUAUAUAUGCGACGGUCAUUCGGUAAAAAAAAAAAAGAAAAAAUACGAUCGCACGUGUCUAAAAACACUUAUUCAUGUAAUACUUCCCGGUUGUACUGCUGCUGUUGCAGCUAUACUAGUGUUAGGAAACUUCCUUUUAAAAAGAAAUUAUUCGUUGUUUCCGUUCAUAUCAUUCAUUCGUUUUUCCUGUAAAAAGGUAAAUUGUUCAUUUUUUUUUUCGAAUUUUCCCUGAGAACAGAGAAUAUUAUUGCACUGUAUUGUAUCUGUUGUGUAUGUUACAGUAAAUGAUGUUAUAAACCAAAAUAACGUUAUUUUCUGGAAAAUGAUGUUAGUUACCUAACAAACCAGUUUAUAUCGUUAUUUAUUAUUUGUUUGGUUUGAUUGUCGAUAAUUUCUACACACGGUGGAAAAUGUUAUCUUAACAGCGAUAGAUGGUAUUACAGCUGCAGUAUUAAUUAAUAAGCUUAGCGGGGCUUAUUAGCGUAGGGCUUUCUAAUAUAUUUGAAUUAGGUAUCAAAAAUGGUUUUCUUAAAUACAAGUAAACGAGAUCUUAACUUGUGCCACACAAAGAAAUUUUGUUGGAUCUCAAAACUCUUCUUGAAUCAUCGGGAGAAAAAGAGAUAACAUUUAGAGAAGCGAAAAGCUGUAAUAGUCUUAUGGGUACACAAGGCUAUCAAAAAUGUCAUUGUACGACGAAGUGUAAAAUGAAUAAAUGUACCUGUCGUGUAGUUGGGAAAUUAUGCAAUUCUAAAUGCCACACUUCUUUGUCAUGUGAAAAAAAUAUGAAUUUAACAUCAAUCACUGUAACAUAUACAUGAAAAAUGUAAUAUAUUUACUAUUAUAUACUUAUAUUUUUUUAGGUUUACCUAUUUAUCUUUUUAUACUAUUUUUGGACAAUUUUAGAUCAAAUGAGUACAAACUUGGGAAUUAUAUAACUGCUGGAAAUACACAAAUAUAACAGACAUAAAUACAGUACUUAUUACCCAAAAAAUUAUAAUAAAAGAAGUUUACUCCCUCCGACAGUAUACCCGUCAGUUCAGUUAUUAGUUAACAAAUGCUCAUAGCGAGUCAGUUGUCAGGAUAAUUAACAUUUAGAAAUAAAAGAAAAUAAUUAAUCACAGCCAAUUUAGAAAAAAAAAAUUAUUCGAUAGGUUUAUUUUACGAAUUAAAGAAAUAGGUAUUACAUCUGAGAAAUUAUUUACACAGUAAAAAAAAGAGGUACGGCAAUACGUUUGUGUCGGUACGCCGAAUGGUAACUGCCUAGGAUGUUUCUUCAUUCGCUUGAGGUAUAGAUUAAGUUUACUAUUAUAUAUUUAAUGUAUGUGUGGCUACUUUUAUAUUUUUGUAAUAUCAUAUUUAACCAUACAAACAUAUUGUCUAUCUAUAAUCUUGACUAGACUUCAUCCGCAACGGUAGGCUAAUGAUCGGUGUCACUUAAUGAACCAAAAAAAUUCCCUUUAAAUAGGGAGGGAAAGGUUAGUGCAUCCCAAUUAAAUAUUUAGGUAUAAAUCUAGUUUACAACCCAAGCUCAUUUUUCAAAUUUUUUUUUUCAAAAUAUGUCUUUUGCUUGUACAUUAAGAAUUUAAAUAAAAACAGUCGAACGAACUUUGUUUGGAAGUUAUGGGGGAAAACUUCAUGAAGUUCGGAUUUUCCAUUUCACGUAUUUCUUAGUGAGAAUUAAACAUUUUAAAACUUUUUCCUCCCUAAAAUAUGUAAUUUUUAAUGCUUAAUCCAUUGGUAUAAUCAAAACUUACUUUUAUAGUUAUAGUACAUAAACCUUGAAACAUAGCGUUUUGAGCAAUGUAGGUAUUUAAAAUCCAAAAAAAAUAAUAAAAAAAUUGUAAUAAUUGCAGUAAAGGUCUGACCUGACGACCUGAUCAUCUAUAAAUAUUUCAGAUAAAUUAUAAAAAAAAAAUGACUGAAGAAAAAUUUGAUUCUAGUGACUAAGUUUUACUGCUUACGGGUAUUUUAAAUUCUGAGUGCAAUGAAGUAGCAUCUUUUCUAAAAGGGGUUGGCAAUUUAGGGAGAUAAUUUUUUGAUUUUCCCAGGAGUUUCCCCAAUAAACGGGAAAAUUUACGAAAAUAAUGCUUUUAUUAUUUUCAAUUUUGUAUUUUUAUUGUAAUUCAGUGAAAAUUAUUCGUAGACUUGAAAUUUUGACAGAAAAUUUAUAUCUAUCUUUUGUAUAAACAUAAUAAAAUGUUCAAAACAUUUGAUCAAUUUUUAAGCCAUUUCGCGAGUUUUUUCACGUAAUAUUUAUUCUUUGUAUAAGCAUUCUGUUAUACAAAUGUUAGGCCAAACAGAAAUGUUUGACAAUAAUCGUUCCAUGACAUCAUCAUGUAUUUUGUUUUAUUUUCAUUUAUGCAUAGACCCAUUAACAUGUUUUACGUAGUUUUUCAGUUGUUUGAACGACCUCCUCUUCAGUACUUUUUAACACUACAUCGGCGUAUGCCAAAAUCACUGACUCCCGCUAUGUUUAUUUUCCGUUGUUCGUUUACAUCUUUUACUAUUUUUUCCAGAACUAGAUUGAAUAAUGUGGAUGAGAGGACGUCACCUUGGUGAAGGCCAGAUUUUAUCUUAAAUGGUUCCGAGUAAUUUUUUAAAAAUCGUGUUUUGUAUAUUGUCUUCUCAUUACACAUUUUUAUUAUAUUUAUGUACUUCUUUGGUAUUUUAAGUAGCUCUAAUCCUUUCCAUAAUUCACUACUGUUCACAUUUUCAUACGUCUGUCCGAAGUCUAUAAAUAAUAAAUGUAAGUUCUCAUCGAAUUCAUAAUAUUUUUCCAUAACUUAUAAGUCGUAUUAAGUGGUAAAAAAAAAAAGAAGUUGAGUGUAAUGUUGUAUUUUUAUUAUGUUAUAAGAUUGUAAAAUCAAAUUUUUAUGAAAAUCGUAAAUAUUACAGUCUAUCAAGACAUUACAACCGAAGUUCGCUCCGAAUCGUUUUUCGUUAGUAUUGAUUAAUCGUUGCACUGCACAGAUAUACAUUAAAUUCUCGUCUUUAUCCUACAUUUCUAAUUUCUCACCUACAACAGUGGCCCUCCUAUCGUGCGAAUUAUGUCCGUCUUUUUCAUUACUUAUAUCUAUGUGCGACAUCCAAAUAACUAAAACUUUGUUAUAUUAUUCAUUUGAAAAUACUGAUAUUUAAUUUGUUUUAUUUUACUUUGUGUUAUAGGAUUGCGUGUAGUCACUUGUGUACUUAGUUUUCAUAAAAAUAAGUGUAGAGUUUUACUUAUAGUAUGUAUUUUUUGUGUUAACGACUUUUUUUUACCAGAAAUCUUGCUGCAAUCAAAGACCGACAAGUAAGAUUUUAGGUAGCAAUUUUUAUCGUAUUGGUGCGUUGCUCAUUUUUGGGUUUCUCUUAUAGCCUUCUAAAUAAUGCGAAAAAAGUGUCCAAAAUUCAUGAAAAUAUAUUUAAUAGCGUUUUCAUUACCUAUUUUUUUUUUUUUAGUUAUUUUAGCCAGUUGAAAUUUUCCAGUAGGUAUUUUUAGUUUUUAUUUGGUUUUAUGUAGAUAAAAUUGUUUUGAACUGCCAAAAAUGCUCUAAAAUUUAACAAACUCGAUGUUCUCACUAUUAUAAAUUAUUCUUAUGUCAGUAUACAACAUCAAAAAUCGUAAUUUUUUUUUGUUUUUUUAACUCUUGAUUUCAGAUUUUUACGGAAAUCAUAUAAAUCACGUCAUAUUUUAGUCUGUUAGUUUUGAUUGCAAUGAUUUAUCAUUGCAUUCAGUAUUUAUUAACUAUUGCCCUUUUCCAACUUCUUAUCUAUAACAGUGGUCUACACGCUACGUCUACCUUUAGUGUGAAUAACAUAAUUAUUAUACCCAAAUUAUUUUUAUUCAAAACGGCUUUUACAGACGAUUAGGAUGUGCGUGAAUGAACUGUACAAAAACCAAAAUGCUGCACACAUUUGAAGAAACAUGUAAAUUUGUCCAGAGAAAAACAUCAAAACAUUACAUUGUACUGCACGUGGCGCGAUCCUACGUUUUAGCGUUUUUCAUGUUCCUCGGUAAGUAAAGUAAUAUCUUGCAUUAUAUUGCGACUACGAUAUACUCGAAUAAUAUUGAUACGGAUGAGUUAUCCGAUAAAAACAAGUUUUAUUUAUAUCAUUUUGCAGUUACGCAAGGUCUAAAAGUAUGUGCAGUAGUGAAUGUAAUAGUAUGGAGUUCAUGAUCAAUAUACUGUUUUAAUAUAUUGUUAUGUAUAACUUGAAUGAUUUUCUGAAUUUUUUUUCUUAAUACGUAGUUUUGGUGAGCAAAAUGCUCAGAUUUCGUCUCACAGAAACUAUAGACAGACAUAACGGACAUACGACAGAUUAAAAAAAAAAAGAAUAAAAUGAUGGUUAUUUUCUUAGAUAUCUUACGAGUUACGAUUAAAGUUCUAUCGAAAUUACGGUUCAGCAGUUUUCGAGAUUAGUUCGGACAAAAAUUUCGUUUAAAAAGUUGUACAAUUUUAUAUCGUGUAGAUAACCAUUUCAACUUAGAAUACUGUAUAAUGUAUUUAUACUGGAAUCACCGAUUAAGAGACUUUAAUUUUAUACCUAUAUAGGUAAUAGGUAUUAAUAUAAUUACUAAUUAUAAAUUGAUACAUAGAUUUAUUUUAUGAGGGAGGUUAUAUUAGGUUAGCUAAGGUUAGGUUAGGCCCCUGGGAGGGGUGAUGAUUAAAGUGGGUGGAUGGAAUACCCCUUCGUAUUUAAGGUAAAAUUAUCAGUCUCCUUUAGUGUAGUCUUCGAAGUCUGGUGGGACGCUUUAGUUAUUGUCACUGGAGACAUUUUCAAAAAUUCGAAUUACAUACGUUUUUUUUUUAAUAGAAAAUAAAUAUUAUAGAUUAUACGUUGUCAGAUUCUGUUUUACUUAAUUUUUAGACGUAUGUGUAAGGUAAUAUUUUACGGGGCUUGCAGAUUAUAUUUUUAAACACUAUUAAUAUAACAUUUCUAUAAACAAUGCGUGAGAGAGAAAAACAUUUUGGUAGUCUUGUAUUCACGAUGGGUUGCCUGAAAGUUUAGUUAAGGUUUCUCGGAAACGUCCCUGAAUUUUCGGGAAAUAUAGUUAGUCCCCUUCGAAAUUUCUCUUACUUUAACCACCGAAGAGGAGGGGGGAGGGAAGUAUAAUAAAGAAAAAAAUCAUGUGUGCGUAGAGCAAAAGCAAUUUUAAUUAUAUAUACACCUUGGGGCACCGUCUUGCGCGCGUAGAUGGCGUUUUUUGGUGGACCGCAUGAAGACGUCCGGCCGCCACGCUGUACAAUAUGGGCGGCGUGUGUGCGUGCGAGUGCGCACGCAUCCACGUGUGCAUGUGUGUGUGUGUGUUUUACAUCCUCAAACGAAUAUUAUAACAUGUGAGUAUACAACAACAGUAUAUACAACAGUAGUCGACGCCAACUGUCGGGGGCGUAGGACGUGAUUUGUUUAACGCUCGUCGUACAUUAUUAUUACUAUUGUAUAUUGAAAUAUAGAAUAUUAUUAUUUUCGUACCGAUAGAUAAGAUACGUAUCAUUAUUGUACACGCGCGGUAUAAAUCCAGUCGUAACCGCACUGCCGCCGCCGAUAUACCGCGAACGGUAUUGUGACCCACCGGUGGUGGCGCACCCAUCAUCCUUCCGGACACCGCCGCCAAUGAGGGUGAAACGUUCCUAAAGAGACUGUACGACGGUUCUCGCGGUCCGGUCCAGUCCACGCGAUCACGCGGCCGCUACUGCAUCAGGUAUUUCGGUCUAAUCAUUUUUAACAGUUAUUUAUUUUAAUAAUGAUAUUAGUUUUCAACAUAUACUUAUUUUUUUAUACAAAAUAAUAUAUUAUAAAUUCGGCUUUGCCGGGCCCCGAGCAAACAUAUUCUUCCGGGCCUCUUUAUUAUUUUAGGGAAGGUAAUGGACAUUUUUUUGUAGGUCUAGGCUUCUUAAAAACAGACAGGGCCGGGCUCCAGACAAACGAUCCAAGAAAACCGGCCUGAAAAAGGCCCUGAUUAUAAAUCGUUUAUGUGUAGAAUUACGUGGUAUUAAUCGUCGUUUUCGAACGCUGUACGAGUACAGAGAGUGCAACGAAUUACGUCUAAACCCCGUCACAUUAAUAACGUGCAUCGUAUAGGACUGAGCGGGAACAGUGGGCGUCUAAUUAAUAACAUAUUAUAUUUUCAAAAUGUAUACUUAUAUAUACCUAAGGUGUCGGAAUCGUAGUUUUUAAACGUGAUUAUUUUCGAUUUUCGCAUCGAGUUUAAUGAAUAAAUUAUCACAAACAGUGUACUUACUUACUAACUGUUGUGUUCUUUUUUCCCCGUUAUAAAUAAUAAUAAUAAAAUAUGUUAUGUUAAUACAGUUUAAUAUUCAAUUCUUCCGGUGUAUAUAAUACGUAAUACCUAUAUACAAACGCCCAAACACAAUGCUUUUUGGCCGAUAAAAACCGUUGUAGCACUGUUAUCCAAACACGGCCGCACCUUUGACCUAGCACCGCGGCCGACUUCCAAUUAUCAUUAGAAAAAAAAAAAUUAAAGGAAAUGCGAUCAUGUCUUCAAAGUCGAUUUAGAUACCCGCCACGGGCUCGCUCACUGUAGGGUUUGUUUUGACGAGCGUUUGGACCUUUUUGCGUAGCUUCAAAUAAAAAAUGUAUAGGUUUAACUCUUAAAUUAUUUUAAUCCAAAUUAUAGUUUAAUAACUAUGUUAAGUACCUAGUAUGCAUAGAUAUUGUGAUUUAAAUAAUCGCGGUAAAUAUCGUCAGUUAGACUACCUCGUAAGUCGAUUUUAAAAUUUUUUACAAAACUGUGCCAAUAGGCACACACAAUAGUCGACAAUACUAAAAUAAUUUAUACAACAUACCGGCAAUAGGUAGUGUGAAAUAGGUAUAAUGAUAAUAUAAAACACGAAAAUGUAAUCAAAAUAAAAGGGAUAUGUUGGCGAUGGAGUUUUGAGAAACCUGGUUACCUAAUAGGUAUCUAAUUAACUGUUUUAGCGUUAUUAUUUAAUGAAAUUGUUUGAUAACUGAAUGCAUUUGUUCGAUAACCAGGUUGCCGAAAUUAGUAAAUAAUUAAAAACUUCAUUUUUGCGGUGACUUUGGAUUAUUCAUUGAUAAAAUACCAUAAUAUAAUAUUGAAUAUAUAUAAGAAAAUAUUGCAACCGAGUAUAGUUCUAACAGAAAACUGUUUAUCAAAAACUGAAUUGCCAAAACACGUAUAUCGUUUAUAAUUAGCUAUGCGCAGAUAUAAAUCAUACAAUUAUAUGACUUGGGCAAUUUAAAAUGCCAUAUUUAGGUUAGGCUUUUUAGCGAUAAUAUGAUAUUAUGUAAUUUAAACAUUUUCAAAAUUUAAUUCAACACAAAUUAACCUAAUUUCUUCUUCUCCGGGAUCAAUGAUAUAUUAUAAAAUAUUGCAUCCACAGGCCGUGCAUCCGAAUCGUUCGCGGUACCGAAAAAUUCUUUAAAAUCAGGCCUAUUGCGAUAAUAUUCGUCGAUGAUUUCGUCGCGACGGUCUGCGUGGGCGGUGACGGCUAUAUACAUAGUCGCAGUCGUAUAUAGAAGAUGACCGCGAUUUUUAUAAUUGCCAGUAAUUAAACGAAUUUUUUUUUUUUAAUAAUAUUAUAAUAUACGCCGUUCAUUGUCGGAUUAAUAAACAGCAUCCUGCGCAGGACGCAGGCCACCGCUCUCCCGAAAUCCGGCUCCCGAAUCAGACGACGUAGUGCGUGUAAGGUCAAAACUCGUCGUGCAAUGUGAAAUAAUCUUUUCCGAUUUAGUCAUAUCUCAUCUUAUGUAGAAAAAAUUUGAUCGUGAGAUACCGGGAGUAGAAUAUGUUUAUACUUUUAAACUAGGUUAAUAUAAGCUGCACUGUUUCAUCGAACUAAACUACCGACCAUGAGAAAAAUACAUUUUUUUGACCUACAAAAUACAAGUAUAUCAUCAGGAAAUAUUAAAAAGAUUCUAUACAUAGACACAGUUGUUGGUUUACUAUAUUGGUUCAUAUACAAAUUUGUUCCCUCUCAAGUACCAUCAAAUAUGCUGCCUUCGUCGUGUCUUUAAAAUUGUUUAAAAACGACAAAAAACCGAAAUUAGAAUAUUUUUGUAAUCAAUGUGAAAUCAUAGAGCUUCGGAGGGCCGGCAUACUAUUAUGGCUUUUGAACAUGUAUUUUAAAAAUAGACUAUUAAAAUUGAGUUAUACUGCAGAUUUAUAAUAUCAAUAUAUCUAGAUGGUUUUGUUGCGAAAUUCGUCCAAUAAUAUUAUUUAGUAUAACCAAUAAUUUAAUAAAUUUAAUUUACAGUCCUAUUAGUAUACUACUGCAGGUUUUGAAAAUACAUUUACCGUGUAAAACAUAUACCGUCUUGAAAUUUAAAUUAUAAUAUUAAACUGGUGAUUUUGAAACCAACCGAACUUUUCCCUAUAAUAUACAUUAUACGUAGUUAUUAAUAAACCAGUUAGAUGCUUGUUUGAUGUGUAAUCAUUUAUCAAGACAUGUACCAUGUAUAAUAAAAGGCACGCUAGGUAUAGCGUGAUAUCAUUUCUCAAAGCAUAAAAAAAGAACAAUUUUUAACAUUUUCCAUUUAUUAGUCGAUUUUGUAGAAAACAGACGGCUUGCAUUAUAAUUUAUAACGUUUACCGUGCGAUUAGUGCUGGAUAAUAACGGCGGAUCCAAUGGGACUGGGUAAUGAAAUAAUUACCCCCCUUUUAAGCACACUAUCUAUAAAAUAUUAGUCGGCCUGUCCCAAGAAACACCAUUACAUUUGGUAUUGGAUAUAUUUAAAUUACCCCCUCCCCCCACCUUUAUGAAUUAUUCCUGGAUUCACCCCUGUUGAGAGAUUUUAAAUUUUAUCUUUUUAUUUUGUGUCAUAAAAUUCUAUUAUAAUUACAUCAUAAAAACUAUAUAAAUCUGACAAAAUUCAAUUUCACAUUACAUGACGAUGACGAGUCAUGAACCCUCGAUUUAUACGCUCAUAAUACGAUUUUUAAACUACAACGAGCACGUUACGUGACCCUUACAGGCAGCAUCAGCAUCAAUGACGAUCAUUUUUUUUUUUAUUGUCUUUCAAUUUAAGUCGCUUUUCGUCCGUUAGAAAGACCCCUCCGAGCUGCUUUUAUAAUAAACGCGAUUGACAAUAAUAACAAUAAUUCAAAAGCCUGUCUCGUCUCGUCUGUCGUCUCGGAGACGGUCAUAUUCUAUGCACUAUUCAGUGAUGAUAAUGGGAGUUCCACAGCGAGAGAUUAGUCACUAUACAUCUCGAGAUUUAAGCAAUGAUCGAUCGACGCGUAAAAAAAAAAACCGAUAAUCUCGUUCGGAAAUUUCUAUUAUACCUUGAAGUAGUCACGGAAAAAUGCAAUCGUUCAAUUAAACAAAAUGCGCAUGCAACGACUAUACGCUUCAAUUAUAAUUGGUUCUAAAAAAUUCUAUAAUAUAGAAUUUGUCUUCUGCAUGAAAACAAUUUCUGCUGAAAAAUUUAUAAACGGAGUGAUACACACAUAACACGAAAAAUUCACUAUUAUAGCAUUAGUGCCGUUUAAUAUAUUUUUAUAAGUUGCAGUGAAUCGUGCUUAACGUUUCGUAUUAUAACUAUAUAAUAGUUUAUAUAAUAAAAAAAAAAUUACAAAAAAUAUCGAACAGAAUAAAGACAUUGUAUUGUGUUUUUCUGAUCACCCUGUAUAAUAAAAUACCAUUUCGAAAGAAUAUAUUAUUUAUUUCCUUGUUGAUGAUUUUCGCUUUAGAUAAAAAAAAUUUAAUAUUUAUUCGUAAUGUAGUAUAUAUUAUUAUAUUCAAUUCCGCCGUAUAUACGACGCGUUCAAUUGAAUCUAAUUAUUAAAUCCUUAAAUGUUUCGAAGUGUAUAUAACUUGUUUGUUAUAAUCUGUGUAUGUGUGUGUAUGUGUAUGUAUUAUAAUAAUAGUGAGAUUAUAGUUGGGCACAACCUUUCGACCCAAAGUAUUUGAUAAAAGGAAUAAAAUUGAAGAUCCUCUACGCGAGACUGCGUGUAACAAUAUAAUUAUUACUAAAAUUAAAUUGCAUUAUCCAGUUAUAACGUAUAUAACAAAUUAAACAAACCGUUUUAUUUUUCAAUCAUGUAAUAAUUUAUUUGUCUAGGUAUACGGUUUUGUAUAUGGACAGUGUACAGUGGUGUAAACCAGUAUGAUGAUUGACUCGCGCCAGCUCUUUUAAACGAAUUAAAACGAAAUAUUAAAUUAUAAUUAUUAUUUUGGUACACUGCAAUCAAGUCCAAAUUUGAUAAGCAACCAACAUAUUAUUAUGUAGAUUUGUUUUUGAUUUCAUAUAGAACAGGUUAACUUGAAAAAAAAAAUACAAAGAUGCAUUUUUUUAAGAAAAUUAUUAGUUCUACAAUAAUGUUUUUUUUUCAAAAAUUCAAAACAACUGUACGAGUAUUACACUCUAUACAAAAUAACAAUUUUACAUUGCCGUGUAACUAUGUACCUUUUAGAUGCUAGAUAUUUUAUAUUCUUGUUCGAGCUUAAAUUUUAAGGCCAUUAUUUUCUGGUGUGUAUUGGAACAAAUUUCCGACCAGUGUUAUUCAAAAUUUGACAAAAAAUUAUUCUUUCAAUGUAACUAACUAAUUUCAACAAUAAUAUGGAAAUUAUCUGACAGUUAUAGAGUCCGAAACAGUAUGUUUUAGGCUCGAAAACAUGUAUUACAAGAAAAACUCAUUCGUAGAGAUAACCGAUUUUGACAAUUUUUUUUUGUCGGAAUGAAGAAGACUUCCUAUUCAUUUAAUUCAAUUUUUUUUUUCUAUUUAAAACUAAAUAAUAGGUCUUUAAAAAAAAUAAAUACAUUUUAAGCUUUUUGUACCAACUUUUUUAAAUUAGUACAAUAUUUAAAAAAUCAGAGUUCAAUGCAGGCUGUAUGGAAUAUUGUUUGUCGAUUAAAAAUAAACGGUUAAUACUAAUAAUAUUAAUAAUCAACAAUAAUACAGUUAUCCUAAUGUUUCCAUGAUAUCAUAUUUGUUCGUAAAAAUAAACGUUUCUCAAUUUCCCCUAAAUGAGUAUUGAUUAGGGAGGUUUCCAGGAUUUUUAAUUAGGGAGAGGGCUAAACAUUUUUUUUUUGUUUAAGUCUUUGGAGUAUUAGUAAUAUUGGAUGUUUUGUAUUCCUUAUAAUGCGAUUUUGCCUUUGCGUUGGGCUUCAGAGGCAGUUCGUGUUAAGAUGCACUAAGUAGCAUGAAUAGAAGGUAUAUUUAACCUAUUGGUUUGAAGAUAUCUUGAAGUAAUUUAUUUUAGCCAAGUUCCAAGAAAAAAAAAGCUUGAUUUUUUGAAGAAUUGGUUUUUUGAAUCCGGUUUUUAAAUUCUCAUUGUUGUGUUAGAUAUAACCAUAGAUAAUAUAAUGGAUAAGCCAUAAACAUUAUCAGGUAUUCCUGAAUUUUCUUUCUUACUCAGUAAUUAUAUUUUAAUAUACCUAUAACAAAUAUUGUCGAGUAGGAUAGAAGAUAUGAUGUAUUAUUGAUUGUAUGCACAUGGCCUAUCCAUUAUAUAUUAUAUAUGAGUAUAACAAAAGACGAUUCUGCGAUUUAUUCACGAAUCGCGAUUAUUAUUCACUACAUCCCUUAGCAUUGAAUAUUCUAACAGACACAACAAAUUAUUAUUAAUUUUUUUCAAAUAAUUCUAAAAAUAUACACGAGUAGUAGUCGUUGGGUUUAAAUUUCAAAAUUACAGUAGGUAUACUUUACUAGUUAACUAUAAUCCUAUAUCCAUAUAUGAGCGAAUCUUAUAGAGUCAAGUGCUCAAUGUCCAGUAUUUGUGAUUAGAUUUUUUUAAACUAUAAUUAUAUUUACUUAUAGAAUGCUAGCUAAAUAAUUAUAGUUAUUAUAACAAUAUUUUUGUAAAAUAAUCGAAAUUGUUUACGUGCAUAAGAAUUACGUUGGUAUAAUAUGAUAAAGUAGAUAAGGUAUUAAAUAUUAAUUAUUAAUAAUUUUCUCAUUCAAUUGCUUCUAGAAAACAUAAAUAACUAUAACAAUUGAAUGAGUUUACCUACAAAAAAAAAAAAAAAAACAAAAUUUGUACUCGAAAUAUAAUUUUUUUUACAAUUUUCGAUAUUUUACCUAUCAUUAAUGAUAGAAGCAUUAUACUCGUAUAUGGAAUUUCAUAAUAAUUGUGAUUAUUAUUUUAAUAUUACGCGCUAUCUUUAAAGAUUGUGUGAUUUGUAAUCUCACAUAUUAUUAAAAUAUGUAAAGGUCAAUAUUAUUUAUUUUAAAACAUUAUUCUUUCAAACCCUUGAUAAAGAAAAAUAUAUACAUACAGAGUGAUUAUUUAUUGAUGAUCUAUUACUGUUAUUAUGAUCAUUGAUCAGUUUAUUAAUUAUUUAUCCUGUAUCCCUUUACACACCGGAGCAGUUUCCGGCGUCUAAGUUUUAAAUUAUUGUAACUCAUCAAUGAUGAGUUAUAAUAAACGGUAAAUCCAGUCAUAUUAUAUAUUGUAAAGCAUUUUUAGAAAAAUAUUCUUAUUUUGUAUACAAAUUGAAAUAAGAGAGGAGAAUGUUACUAUACGCAUACAAAAUAGUGUUGAAAUAAAGCAUAAACAAUUCAAUAAUAACAACCUGAGAAGUACAAAACAAAAUAAAGGAAAAACGAGAAUAUGGUUUAAAAGUCAGAAAAAAACAAGUGAUAGGAGAUAGGACAUCAAUUGCGUCAUGAUAGCUUUACGAAAUGCGUCAUAGAAGGUAACGUAAAAGGUUAUAUCGGAGAGAAAGACCUUAGGAAGGAUAGAGUAUAUAAAAUAAAUCAUAAUAGGAUAAGGAUCAUAUGGAUAAAGAUUGUUAAUGGAGUUAAUGGAAAGUUACAAAAGGGAUGUAUGGCUAACUGAAGUAAACUAAUCAAUGAAUCAACCGAUUAAAGACGAAAAGAAUAAUGUAUUAUUUAUACUUAAAAUCUCCAGAGAAAAUCGUCGGAUCGUGAUAAAAUAAUCACUCUGUAUAUAUCAUCCUAUAAUCAUCCUAGAUCUAACGAUGUUCAUAGAUCGAAUCUACAGCAUCACGAACAAUAACAAUUUAUGAUAAGGUAAAUAUACACACACACACGUGUUUUAUAAUGCAAUCCGACAGGCCUAAAUUUUUCUUUUAAGAAUCAAACACAUGACCGCAUUAAAACGUUGUCCAUUAGUUUUCUGGCAACGGUCGGGCAUAUAAAAUAAUACGCACUUAAAUAUUUCUAAAUAUCGUUUUAAUCAACGCGUUUGCAUCAUGUAUACAAUAUAUACAGUAUAUAUUAUUAUUAUUAUAUUUUUGUUUUACUAAUGAUUCUUAUAUUUUAUUUUUAGUAAAUAUAUUUUUACAAUGACUGCUGCAUAAUAUAAUAUGGUGUGUAUCGUGCAUAAUAUACAUAAUAAUGUAGUUAGAGCUAGGAUUUCAAUGCACUUUUCAUUGUUUUACAAAAUUUAUAAUAUGUGUGCCGGGGUUACACAUGCUGGCGCCCUGGGCGGAACCAUGUUUUUACGUCCUACCUCCAAUUAGUCGAGUAAAAUUACCGUCGUUGAGGUGCCCUCUUUAUAGCAGGCGCCCUUAGGCGUAGGUUCUGGUCGUCAACCCCUAAAGCAACGCCAACGCCGUGUGCAAUACUAUCGUUUUGUUUCAAAUUAAUUUUGUGUAUUUUCAAACGAAAAUAAGACAUUUUAUUAUGCAUUUUUUAAUUUUAAAGUCUUUUUUUUGAUUUUUUAGUAGAUUUUAUUUUUACGUUAUUUUUGAGGCAUAAAAGCACAUUUUUUACGACAUUUUUGGGUUUUUAUAUGGGACAUUGCAUCCAUGGAACUAUAUUUAUAAACCUUUUUUCUAAAUUUGAAUUAUUAAGAUCAAUAUUUGUCUGACUUUCAUAAUAAUUUUCUUGAAUAUAUAUAUGACUAUAAGUACUAUCUAUUUUAAUUCAUCUCUCCGUCAAAAAAAUCCCGUUCAACAAAGUGUUCGCAGAAAAAACGAAAACACUGCAGUAUUGCAAAUACAUAUCUCGUUUCGCUUAGAAUGUAUAAUGUUUAAUAUAAAAUUGUUUUAAAUUUAAAAAAAAAAAACAAUAUGUUAAAAAUGUUUAAAACAUUUUUAGGUAAUUUAAACAUAUUAUCCUUACUAUAUUUACUGCUUAUUUACACAAGUACAUAAUUUAGACAGUUUUUAAUUUUAUUAAGUAAAUUGUAUAACCAAUAUUAAGCGUUUUCUGUUAAUAUUUCUAUACUCACGUUUUGAUAAUAUGAAGGGACUAAGACAAUGGACACAGAACCCUUACUAUAGUUAAUAAUAUAGGCAUUUUGUCGAUUCACGAAAUCGAUUUCUCAAAUGAAACUGCAAAUAAAUAAUUACGGUAAUCGAUUAUCAUAAUAAUUACUGGGAAUUAUUUGCUUUUAUUUGACGAACGUUUAUUUAUUAGGGUAAAAUAUUGUAUUUGAAAAUCAAAACGCUUCUCAAUGAGAUAAUGGGAGCUGAAAUCAGUGGUAUGCCCAGGAAUUUGCAAUAGAGAUGUAAUUAAUAAUAAUCACGAUUCAUCAAUAAAUUGUAGAACUGCUUCCGUUAUACUCAACCCGACAGUAAAAAUGUAAGAGCUGCGGAACCAAAAGUAAUUUUUAUUUAAUAAAACGGUCAAUUUUCUUUAUAAUUUGGCUAAAAUAAAUAAUUUAAAGAUACAAAUCUAAUGGAGGGGAUAUAACUACUAACUUUCUACCCAUACGCAUACCACUAAUUGAAACUCGCAGGAUAAGUGUAAAUCGGAUGAUAGUAUUUCAAAAUUAUUUUUGUUGGCGCAUUUAUUCGACUAUAUUAAUACAUUAGAGUGCAGUCGUAAAUGCGUUAUGGUCACUUUUUUAUUUAAAUUUAUUUUGUAUAUUUAUAGUACUUAAUACUUAUACCUAGUAAACGAUUAUUAUAUAAGGUAUACUUACCAAAAUUUGCAUAAAAUCUUAAUAAUAGAACAUCGUAGGAAAAAAAAUACUCAAUGUAUUAUAUAUAAUAAUUAAUGAUAAUAUGUACACUGUGCGUAAAAUAAAUUAAUAAUAAUACCUACUUAUUAACUUAAUUAAUUAAUCGAAUUUAACAAUAUGACCGAAUGACGGGUGUCCAUUAACCGGUUUCGUCAUUCGAAAAAAAAACAUGAGGAAGAUUAUACACGCAUAAAAUAUAAUUAUUAUUCUUGAUAAUAUUGUAAUAAUAUUAUGAUACCUACACUUAAAUAAUAUUAUAUAAUGUCGAAACGUAGAGCGGAAGAACAAGAAUGUGAAUAAAUUGGACUCGGAGACUCUAUAUAUAGAGAUCGGGUACGAAAACAAAAACAUAAUAAUUAUAUUAUUCAAUUAAUACGACGUUUUAUUGACGGUAAACAUUAUUAUUUUAUCCGGGAAAUUACAAUGUGCAAAUUUUUUUUUUCCAGAUUAUUAUAGUACGGGACUUUCUGGUUUUGGCAUUUAUGCUUUCCGAAUUUUUACAGUCCGGAAUAUUCUAGUCAGGCAUUUAUUUUUCUUGCCAAUUACAGUCCGGAAAUGUACAGUAUUUCAUAUUCCGAAUUCUUACAGUCCGCCGUUUUCUUGAACAUAAAUUUACAUUCCGGAAUUUUACAGUCCGUAAGAAUAUUUUCCGGGAUUUUCUAGCCAUCCGUAAAACUAAUAGAUCCUAAAACUCAACUAAACAAAUCGAAUAUAGCAACAGAAACCGAUUGUUUAGGUUUUUCUUUUCUCCCAUUAUUAAAAAAAAUACAAGGGAAAUUAAAAGAAUAUCUCCGUAAUACACCUACUUGUGUCUACUGACUAAUUAUUUCCUGGAAAUCAUCAAUGAUCAAAGUUGAUGAUCAGGGCAUGAUUUCUAGUAGAAAAGUUAUUUACUGACAGAAAAUUGGAAAAAUCCUCCCACCUGUUAGGUUGAAUUCCAUAAUUGCAAAAGACGCAAAUUUUUGUUCAAGUCUUAUAGUCUCUCUCCAUUUUUUCCACCAAAUUUAAACACUGGCACCUAUUUUACAUAAUGUGUCGCAUAAUAUACUGAUAUAACAUACAAAAAAAGGCCGAUUAUUACCGAAAUCAGUUUGCUACGCUCAAAAUCUAAAAAGUGGCCCAACCGAUCUUUUAAUAUACUUAUAUACUUCACGUUGAAUUUAAAGAAUUCUUAUCGCUUCGUCAUCACAUUGAUCGAACUGUAAAUCGAAGGACACUUUAUCUAAACUACUUAGAAAAGUAUGACGUGUUUUGCUACUAUACGCAAAGGAAAAAUAAAAUAUCUGUAUCCUCAGUGCAAAUAAAAAUUCCGAGUAAUAGUUUUUUUUUUUUUUAUUAGAAAACGUUUUAUUUUUGGCUAGGCAGCAGUGUAUGAAUACGCGAGAACACGGUAUUUGUGCAUUUAUAAUGUACUUUGAUGAGGUCGUUUUUCCCGUGGUCGAUAACCGCGGUAAACAAAAAUUAUUAUGUAAAAUGUUUUAUUCUGAGCUUCUCUACAUUGUUCGAAAACAGCGUUUGGCACUAAAGCCAAUCGGAAGAUACGUCUUUGCUUUUAAUAUUAAUAAUAAUUCACUCUCGCGUUCCAUAAUAUCGAUGUCCGUUAAUAAUAUUAUAAUAAUAAACCGCGAUCCAAAAUUAUAACAGUUUUACAAUUGUUAUUACAGUACCUAUUUUAAAAAACAAAUUCAAACAACAAAUUUAAUGUAUCGCAACCGAUCGAACACUAAUAUAUCAUUUCAAUUCGGAAAGUCUGAAGUGUAUUAUAGACUUAUAAUCAGAAUUCAAAACUUAAGGUUGAAUUUGCCUAUUUUUUUGACUUGACGUUAAAUAUAGCAAGAGUAACUAUGGAAAUGUAUGUCAUAUUACAAGUAUAUUAUGAAAUUAAAAAGUCUUUGGAUUUUUUGUUUAUUACGAUUGUUAUAAAAAAAAAAAAUACUUUCUACUAGUUUUUUUUGCUUAAUAUUUGUACAUUUUCAAUUUGAUAUUUACGUAAGCCACUUACAAAAACUCAGAUGCCCCUUCACCCUAUGAUUUUUAAAUAAUUUCGCCUUUGUAUUCAAUAUAAUAAACCGACCUGCAUUUAUUUAUUUUUGUUAUCUUAUCUAUUUGUCGAGUCAGUUUUCAUUGGGUAUAGAGGAAAAUACAAAUCCACAAAUGUAGUUUUAAAAAGAUUAAGAGUUCUAAUAUAACAUUUUAAAGUACUUUGGUUUGCUUAUUUUGAUGGUUAAAAAAAAAAUUUUUUUUUAUUAGAAUUUUUGUUUCUAAGUGUCUAUUUCAGUACUUAAAUGGUAUUUUAAUUUUUUUCAAAUUUUUUAAUAAUAUAUUUUAAGUUAUAAUAUAUCAUUACGAAUUCUGGACAAACUCAUUUGUUUCUAACGUAUUAAAUAAUACAUAAGUAUCUAUACCUAAUUAUAUUAAUAAUAAUUGCAAUAUUUUUAUUUUUAGAUUUUCAAAGGAGUAUCGUAGUCGGCACAAUGGAUACAGCUAUGGGUAAGUGGAUUCGAUCGAUUUUACUAUACACUAUAAUACGUACCUACACAGUAUUAUUUUUAUUAUAACUUUAAUAUAAUACCUAACUUAUAAACAUACCGUAUAAUAUACGCACUGCACUCGUAUGCAUAAUAAACAAGAGGACCACACUAUAUAAAUAUAAAUAUAUAAUAUUACACGAUGACCACACACGCACGCACGCACAAACUCGUACUCAUACAAUGCCCAUUAAAUCGCCCUUCCUGCAUAUAAAACACCCCCGUGACUAGAAAUACUUAUAAUCAGUACCCACCUAUGUAGGUACAUAAGAAUAUUAAAUUUUAUAAUAAUAAUGAUAUUAUUAUAAUAUCAUUUUUUAUAUUUAUAAAACGUUUUUUAUUUUAUAUUUUAAGUAUCUGUGUGGCCAAAUCGAUCUCGUUUAGCUAUAAUAUCAGCCUCUCGGUGGCGUAGCCUGAGAGGCUAGUGAAGCUACUGAAGCCAAGAUUAUUACUAUUUUUUUUGUUACAGCGUUUUCCAUCUGACUACACUCAUUCACACAACACCCGCAGUCAGUAAGUUUCCACGAGUGUAAUACCUGGUCGCGUAUUUAUAGACCUUGACCGAAUUUUGUCUAAGAAAUGAGAUUGAGUUAUUUUUAGGGGUUUUAGAAGAUUUUAGGAGUUUUACAAAACAUAACUUAUUUGUUGAGCCAAACCUAAUAUUAGUGAUAGGUACUGAUGCAAAGAAGUUAUUGGUUUUAAGUGUUCACCAAAAUCUAAAACCUACUACCUAAUUGAUAAAAAACCACCAUGGAUUGCUCAUAUACGUAUCGUUUAGUCCGAAAUUUGAUAGGGUCUGUAAAUAGUAAAUACGCUGAUUGGGAUAAUGGUAUGGUAAUAUAAAUGUAAGAUAUAAUUGCUGUAUUAUCGUCUUAUAUUAAUUUGAUAACAGCUAUCAUGUACAAAUUACUUAUUCAUAUAUAAUUGAUAACCAGUAGCGGAUUUUAAAAAUUUUUCUGGGGGGAAGUCAUAAAAAAUAAUAUGUAUUUAAAAAGUAUCUCUGUUAAUAUAUGCCUCUUUUAUGGAUGAAACUUAUUGAAAUUAUAUCAGUGUCUGGGUGAGUCCAGACCCCCUGGACCCCCCUACCCCUGUAAAUCAAUCACUGUUAACAACGUCAACAUUGACAGGAUCUCGUGUUUUACAUUCCUGAAGAUAAUUCGGUUUUGUACAUUUUGUACACCGUCAUAUGAAAUUUGCGUUAUGUACUGUACUGAUAAUAACCGCAAGUGAUGUAGGUAAAAGCCGAUAAGAGAUUCUACACGAAUGCAGUCAGGUAGAAAAUGCUAUUAUAUUUGAUGGUGUUUGCGGUUUAAUUUUAUGUUUCAUCAAUAAGUGAAUAGGAAAUUAAUGCUUAUAUAGACAAACAUUAUAUAUUAUCCAAUAGUUUGGAUUUGUUUUAAAUUUUACGUCUCUUUUUCGUAUUUUUUCCCGUAUAAGUGUAUUAUUAUAAUUUUUAAUUAUAUAAUAUAUAAUACUUACUAAAUUAUAUAACCUUAUAUAAGAUUGUAUUAGAUAUUUUCAAAAUCAUUGUACGGUAUAUAUUCGUAAAUAAUAUAAAGUACCUAUAAAUCAUUCCAUGUAUAAUAGUUGUUGCAUAUUAUAAUAUAAUAUAAUAAAUUGUAAUCCAUUGGCUACGGUAGAUUCGGUGUAGAUUGCAGAUGGUAAGCAGUCACUAAACACGGAUAUUCAAACGAUACUUUUGUUUCUUGGUACUGUCCCACAAUCUCACAAUACCUAUAUACUAUUGAAAAUAUGCAUUUAUAAAUUGCACUAAAGAGUCAAAAAUCGCUAAAUACUUAUGGAAUUAAAAUUUUCUUUCAUAAAAAUUGCAACAUUAUUUUAUUUAAAAAAAAAAAUAAAAUGUAUAAAAAAAAAAUUGUAUUAAAUUUGUAUCAAUUUUAUACAAAUAUAUCUAUAUAAUAUAUUUAAAAUACGGUGAUUUACUCGACAUUUGUCGUAAAAAUAUUUACUUAAAUAUAAUAUGUGUAAUAUUUCAUAAUAACGAAAUGUCUUUUAAAGUCAAUAUCUAAUGAACAUUGACACAAUCGUACUAUACUUUUGACAAAUAUUAUCGAAGUAAUAUGUGAAAAUACGAGUUUACAAUUUUUGUCUUUACAUAUAUUCACUGUGUUUUGAUACGGUUUUUUGUUCUUACUCGGCUUAUUAUAAUUGGUACGAUAAAAUAGAAAAAAUAUGCAAAUGCACUGUAUAAAUCCGAGCUCUAUCUAUUUGUAUUAUAGAUACCUCGGAGCAUGGAUUAUAACUGUAAUUUAUACGAGUCGCAAUUUUAUUUUUAUUUUUAUGUUUUUCAAAUUUUUAGAUUGGUUCAAUAAUUUUGACGGACUUUCGUUCCUAUAUCCAACACAGCAACUUUCAGUUGUUUGUAAGUUGUUUUUUCUAUGUUAUCUAUGUGUUCUAUUUUAUAAAAUAUGAGGUUCUUGAUCUACAUCCUCUAGCUUUACUCAGACAGAGAGUUUUCCUUCCGUUAUCGUCGUUAUCCAUUUAUUGUUUCUUAUUUUGAGGUGACUUCUAUUGAUUUUAUUCACUUCCCCGAUUAUUUUUCAUCUAUAGAUUUCAAUUCGUACAGUCUAUUAAAUAUAUUACCGACAAAAAUAUCAUCGCUUAUGAACCAACAUGACCUCAUUGUAUCUCAGUUUUUGGUAAAGUUGAGUUAGCAACACAGUUUUAUGUAGGAUUUCAUAAUAUACCGUUUGGAAUAUUUAAAUUUAUGAUUAACUCAACAGAAAACUUCAUAAUCGAAUAUUUGAUAACAUAUGUAAUGUGUGUAUAUUUUAAUUCUGUCUUAGAUUAAACAUGUCGCGUUGCCUCUACGUGUUUUUUGCUUUCUUGGAAAGUUAAGAAAAAUUAGAUACGUGGCGUUGCUUACUAAACGACGAAAUAACACGUGAAAUAUUCCUUCAAUAGCUAUUGACUAUCGUUCAAAUAUUAUACGUAUAUUAGUAUUAUUAUUUCUGGAUACUCGUAUAUUUUUCGUAUUAUUAUUUCCUUUAUUAUUAUAGGUAUUCGUAUUUCACCUAAAAAUUACGUCAAGAUGUCUGGGGCGGUAUACGACGCGCGCGGGGUCCGGUUUCCUGUCGGUAACGGCGGCGGCGAGUCAAAAGACACGACCGUGUGUUGUGUUUGCGCAGUACAAUGGUGAGCCCAGAAGGUCGGGUCUUUUAUGACCCAAACUACGGCCCGAUGGGUGGGGUGGGUCGUGUGGGGAUACGAAUGCGAGCGUAUAUAGUAUAAUAUUAUAGCGUCGGUGUACGCGAGUGCUGCAACACUCGGUGCCAUGUGUAAAUCGUUUAUGAACAUCGUGCACGCGGACGACGACGCGAUGGUUUUUAUACAAUAUAUAUACCGUCAUCAGGCUAUCGAACAUUUUUAUACAAUGUUAUAUACCUAAACCCUGGACGAAAAGAUUCGAUCUGGACAACGUUGCCGUCGAAACGGUCGUUUUACACUUUUAAUAUUAUAUUGUUUACGGAGGAAAAACGGGGGAAAUAACGCAUAUUAUUAUUAUAAUUGUAUAUAAGAUAUAGAAAAUUAGUAUUACGAACGCGUACGAUAGCGUAGAUGAGAAAAAAAAAUAAAUCCCUAAAAAAAAAAAAGAGGCGUGUACGAAAUAAAUAAUCAACGCGUAUUGUAGUGUGUUGUUGUUGGAUCCGAAUUAAUGUUUUAUUAUAAUAUAAUACAAGUAACCGUUUAUGUUUGUGUACAGACAACCCUUCUUAUUUCGCGGUGAGUCAAGGGCUCCGGAGGAUCGUGCCGCUGCAGGUCGACCGGCAGAGGAUCCCGAGGAACAAAACGGCGGUGGAGACGGGGUCGAUGGGCAGGACUAGAAAGACGGAUAGGAGCGGCAACAAGUGCCUAACGAGAUCUUUUAGUGCCAACAUCGAAGAGGCCAGAUUACUGGUGAUGGGACAGCCUAGACCCGCAGACGUAGCGCCGUCCGUCAAGCAUAGGAGACACACCAGCACCGACCAUCAGGUAAAAUAUUUUAUAACUUUUCCGAUUUUUAUAUUGCACUGCAUACCUAUAUUGAAUUUAUUAAUUUCACCUCGUGAAACAACAUACAUCGUAAUAUUACUUAUUAGGCGAAAAAUUAACAGAACAGUAUAUAAUCAUUGGCGUAUAUAUAACUUUUGUAUGCGGGAGGGGAUGGGCAAGGUACUUCAGAAUGAGUAUUUAUUUAGAUACAAGAUACCUACUCGAUACUUACAUCUUAUUUAUUUAAAUACCGAAUUAACGAAUAUUUGAUACAUUAAAAUUAAGAUGUUAAUGACAUUUGUCAUACACGCAGUAUCUUAAAAGAUACGGUGACCAUUUUUAUGAAAUAUUUUUAAAAAUCCAUAAGGGGAAUAACCUAGCCUAUGCCUACUUCGGGCGCCUAUGAGUAAGGUACUUUUCAUGUAACUUAAAAUACAUUGAAUUCAGUAUCAGAGUACAAGAUAACCGAUACUUUCCAAAAUUGUGUCGUAAUACAUGAUACAAGAUACCUACUUAUUUUAUAUACUCGUAACCGAAGAUAUUUCCUAACCCGGGAGGGGAUAGUAAGUGGCGCACACAUUUUCUUGUGAUUAGUUUUUUUUAAAAUCUGCAUUCAAAAUUGUGUACAUUCCAUAAAAAAAAAAAUCUUAAGGGGUGGAUCUCAUCUCCAAAUCCCCUCUGCGUAUAUAGGUACGCCCCUGAUUAUAAUUAAAUUUUGCGUAUAUAAUAUUUAUCCCGACAAAAUUAACUAGUUUGAUAUAUUAUAACGAAGUGAAAUAAUAAUUUAAAAUUUAAUUUAACUUUGAGAUUUGUUUUAAUUAGGAUAUUAUACAUAUUUGUAGUAAUACGACUUAUAAUAUCUCGGAUGUACCUGUUAUAAUACGAUUUUUUUAUUUUAAUUAUGUUUUAGCGGUAUUUUAACGGAUUUGAAUUUUUUUUUUUUUAUAUAUCAUAUUUCAUAUCAGUAUGGAACAUGAUACAAUAACUAAGUUAUAAUUAGAGUACUCUUCGAUUAAUUAUUUUAAUCGCAACGAGUCGGUUCAUUAAUAUAUAAUAUUUUAAUUAAAUAACUUUUGAAAUAUUAAAAAAAAAACGUAGUUUUGAACAUAAUUGACCACUAUAGGGUAAAGUUUAAGUCAAAAGUUUGUAAUCGUUCAAAUAUAAUAUUACAGCUACUUUUUUUAUACUAGCUGUUCGGUAUUUCUUUGCCCGUGAGAAACAAAUUAACUAAUAGUAACAGGUUUUUUUUUAUUUGUGUUAAAAAGUAUUGGAUUUAACCAGGUAUUAAGCUAUGAGUAUGGUACAGCUAACCAGUAUUUAAUACGGUAUUAAAUAAUAAUUAAAAAUGUUUUACAUUCGUAUCACCAAGGUACCCAAUAAAUAAAUAGCAUUUCAAAUUAUAAAAUAAAAAAAUCAAAUGAAUGUUACUCUUUAGGGAUUGCAGUUUGGUAUAAAAAAUAGCUUAUUAUACGAUCCGAAAAAUAUUCUAGGAGUGAAUAUCCUAUCAAAAUCAGUUCAGCCGUUUCAGUGAUUAGCCCGGACAGACAGACAGACUUCAAUUUUAUUUAUAUGUAUAGUAAUAUAGAUUUUAUUAUAAUCAAACAUUAGUUCAAUUAAAAUAUUUAUAUAUCGGUCACUCGGUUUUUUCUUCGCUAAUUCCAUUCAUAUUAAGUUAGGUGAUAGGAUAUAAUAUUGUAUAAUAUAGAUAUGUAAUAUUUUUUAUUUUAUUUGAUAAAGCGUUUUAAUUUUUAAUAGUGUACAGUUUUGUAGUAGCUGGGAAAGAGCUACGUAAUGCACGUUGACGGUAGACUUUGAUCUGUAUACGUUUAUUAUCAUAACGAUAACAUUAAUAAUUAUUCUCUAAAUAUUUAUGUAUUUAUCUAUUUUUUUUUAUUCUAUAUGAGGGUUUAAAUUUAAAACAAAAAUAUUAUAAAUAAUUAAAUUAAAUAUAAAAUAACAACCAGAAAUUACGUAAUAAGAACUAAUGGCUGUAAACUCCGCUAAAAUACCGAUCAGAUAAACAUAAUAUAAUGUAAAGGUCUAAUGUGAAAUUUCCGCCAGUUUUUACUUGUUAUUGACAAAUAGUAAAAUAUCAAUGUGGAUUGGGUGUUGAAUGUAAAAGUGAAUCGGAAAUAAGUAAAAUGGCUUAGUCGUCUAUAUGUAUAUUAUUACGUUUCGGAUCAAUGGCGCAAUCAUGGAAGGGAUCUGUGUGUAAAGUCUCCCCCUCUUGGCCUUUAUUCUUUUUAGUUAAGAAUGAAAUCAUUUUGUAACUUAAUUCGGGGUUUUAAAUAUAAAUACAAUUAAUUGAAAUUGAUUAAAUUUGAACUAAAAUGAUAGUUGUCAGCUAAGAUAACACUUUUAAAAAUUCCUUUCUAAAUACGAUGUCAGACUGUCAGGCAUAUUUAUAAUUGAAAAUCAGGAUACAUAUUACGUACCUACUCAAUAACUAAAUAUUUUGUUCAUUAGAAUCGAUUAAAUAGAUUGGAUAUAUGCAUAGAAAUUUAUCCCGAUAGAGUCAGCUAAAAGACUGAGUGAAAUGUUUCUUAAGUCAAGAAGAAUAAAUCUGUUAUAAAUUGUAUAACUUGUUAGUUAUGAAUAUCUAUAAUUUUAUUUACUAAAUAUUUAUUAAUUCUCUUGUUUGAAUAACUUAAAUUAAAAAUUAGGAUAAUAUUUGUGAUGACUUUUUUUUUUGUUUUAAUAAAAUCCUCUGAAAAAUAUUUGUUAGCUAAUUUCGUAGCCCAUUCUAUAUAAUUUUGAAAAAUGUCCCUCCCAAGACCUAACCCAAAUACGCCACUAUUUCGGAUAAUUUUAUUUAUAAUUCCUCCGAUAAAAGUUUUUGAUGUAUUUAUGUUUACUUUAGAAACAAUCAGACCAUUCGACCAGACUAGACCAGAGAUUAAUUAUUGAGUUUUCAGUUUACGUUAUUGACUUGAAUUAUUUAUUAGCAAUGAUGCAGAUUUCUUCCUUCAAUUAUGGGCUAAUCUAUGUACAGAUCUAAAUAAAAUUACAAAUGCUCGUGAAUUUUUUCAGUCACAAAAAAAUAAAUAUAUAUAUAUAUAUAUAUUAAACACAAGUCACCCAUAUUAUACAUUUUUUCACUCUAAAGUUCUUAUUGAGUUUCAUACCCAAACUUUGUAUAAAACUCAAUGGUUAUGCGAACUAAGUUUUCAAAAUUACAUAGGUAAAUACUUAUGUUAUUUCUGGUUUAGCUAUAUUUUAUUGUUCGAAAAAAAUAAAAUCAGCUAUAUAGGUAAUAUGCCAAAAUAACAAUUUUGUUCACUGUCGUGAUACUAUACGCGUCAUAUUUUGUUCGUUCUAAGUAUUUACAUUUGAAACGCAUACCAUACGUUCAUAAAGUAUAUUUUACUCUCGCGUCUUUGCCAUCACUUACUUCAUCAUUGUCCAUCUGUGUUAUAUCCAUUAUAUUUGUAUAUAAUACGUAAGUAUAACACACACAUACAUAUUAUUAUAUUAUUAUAAUAAGCGACAUCUUUAACAAUAAAAAAAACAAAAAAACCUCCUACACAACACUACUGCUAUAGCAGAUAGCUAUUAUUCAAUCAGUCGAAUAAUAUGUCCUGACAAGUCAUUAUAAUAUUAUAUCGUUGCGCGAUACGUGAUGGUAUAGUUUUAUGGGAGGAGGGGGAUAUUUUUAUUAUAUAUUUUUAAAUUCUUAACCUGUCGACAACUCUACAGUUGUGUUUUUAAUAUAUUAUAAUAUUAUAGUAUUCAUAUCACUAUUAAGUAUAACCAUAUUGUCUAUUAUGAUAUUAUUCGUAUAUCGAUUAAUCUGAUUUUAACAGCUUUAUAUAGGUACUCAAUAUAUUUUGGACUAUCAUCUAUGUGAAAAUACAUUAAAAAUUACAAAUAAUAAAAAAAACAAAUAUGGUUAAGUUGUUUUAUAUUACCUGAUAAUGGUUUUUUUCUUUUUAAUAGAAACCGACCGUAAAAAUAUGAACACAACUAAUUACUGUUUAAUACACCGGGCUAUUUUCUUCGUAAUUAUAUAUUUUUAGAUCUUAAACGUACAGCAAAGAAGUUUUUACUAAUUUUUUAUAGACGCCGUUAUAUUGGGUUUAUUUUUGUUAAUUUCAGCAUGUUUCCUUGGCUUCAAAGGCGGAAAAAUACGACAUACCAAUAACAUAACUUGUACAGUUUACCGAGCCCCGCUCAAAAUCGUUUAUUUAUCGCAAUGAUUUACAGUUAAUUUAAGUAUAAUAUGCAUAAACUAAAUUACCUUAUACCUUACCUGUUCAUUCUAAACGUAUUACUUAUGUCUAGCUUUCUAUUUAAAUUUAAUUUCAUACAUAUAUGUAUAGUUAUUAAAUAUUAAUUCAUAAUAUACUUACAAGUUAUAACGAUAGUUUAUCAAUGGAUAACAUGAUAAUAUUAGUAUUAUUUAUUUUUACCUAUACUCGUAUAUUUGAUACACUAUAUUAUAAUAUACAAGGACCAAUACGAUUGUUGAAUAAAAAAAAUUUUAAAAAAAUAGGGUGUGGUGACGUAUUUAUAUGAGUAGGUAGGUAGUUGUACAAAUGGCAUGUAUGUCUAGAUGAGAUUUAAGCUCAGUGUAAUGACACAACGCAGCCGUUAUAAAUAAUAUUAUUUCACUUCAUUGAGUCACAACCAUUUAUAAACAUAAAUACUCUAUACAUAAAAAGUAAAAACAGCAUAAUAAACGUAUGGAGUUCAAUAAUUAAUUACAAAUAAUUCCAAUAUAUUGUAUUAUAUUUUCAUAUACGGUAUAUAUGGUAUGGGUUAACAAUUUGGAUAAUUUUAUCAUGAACCCAAUAAUGUUAACGUUGAAUAACAAUAAAUAGGUUUUUUUUUUAAACACUCUGUAUAGGUACCUACUAUGCUACCAUAUUAUUACAGACAUAAGUAUAAUAUAUCUAUUAUAGUAUAUCGCAGCAUUGCCACUCCAUAGACAUAUUGCACGAGCAGUGCUGUUUUCAUAAAUAAAUUCACGAGUUUGCGGAAAUAUUUGGCCCUUUUAUCCGAAAAAAAAAAAAAUAAUAAUAAUAAUAAAAAACGUCGGUCUUAAAAUGUUUUUCAUGCUACACAAAAUAAGUAAAUCAUCUCUCUUUUUCAAAUAUGGAAUCUCAGUGAUUGAAUUUAAAACAAUAUUAUAAUAAACAAUUAUAAUUUAAUAACAAUUAAAAUAACAGACUAAUGAAACUGUUGCUAAAGCCUUAUGAUAAUACAUAAUAAUAAAACAAAAACAAAAUUGACACUGCUUACAGUUACUGUUAUAGGUGGCUUGAUGGGACGCUAGAAUAUACGAGAUAAUUAAAUUUACAUAAGUAUAUAUUGUAUGCAACGAUAAAUUAUUGAAUCAAUCAAAUGAAAAAACGAUUCUGAGCGGGUCAGCAUUAGUUGUGUUUUUCCUCUUGUUGUCAUGGUAACUCUGAAACGAAUAAAAGUAAAAGAAAAAAACAUUGGUGUGAACUCCUGAAAAUAUCGAUAAAUGUUUCAAAUAAAGUCCCGAUGUGUAGAUAAAUUCCGUAUUUUUGAGGUAUCACGUGAAAAAGUUUGAAGAUGAGCUUGAAUUUGAGACAUAAUUGAUUGUAAGUUGAGUUUUAUAUUUGAGAUGGCUACUCAUAAAUCUGCUUCGACAUUCAAUCUGGACUGAUAUUUGUUUUUUAUUAUCACUGAAGAUGAAAAUGCUGUUUCAUAUAAAUAAGUUUGAGCAAAAGGAAGUAAAAUCGAUACUACUUAUUUUGAUAAUUCUAGAUAUUCAGUUUUGAUUUAAAUCCAAAAUUUAUCUCAUACAUUUUCUUGAAAUCUUAUGCGUAGGUUUUAAUUUGAUGAUAAGUCAUUAAGUUUUUUACUUAUUUUUAAAUUUCCAAAAUGCAUUUCAUCAAUAUUCAAAGAAAAUAGAUUUCUUAUCCACCCUAGAUUUUUUUCUGGAAAAUCUUCAAACCGUGUAUUAAGGCUCGUUUAUAAAUUUAUUAGAUGAGAAGUUAUAAUUUCUUUUAUUGGUUUAAUAAUUUAAUAUUCAUAUCAUUGUCAUUGAUAAAUUGUGAUAAAUAUAAAAACAUUUGCAAAUCUAUCACCGUUGGUAUAUAUUUAGUGGCUUAAGUUUAUCAUUUACAAUGAAUGAAGAAUAAAAUACAUCGUGGUGAUAAAAUAUACAUUAUUUAAAAUAGGUACCUACACUUGUAUUUAUUUCAAAAGUCGUAAAAGUCCGACAGACAAUAUAAUAUAUGUUUUCCUCACACGACUGUAUAAACAAUAAUAAACUAUAUAUAUAUAUAUAUAUGAUCCAAAAAUAACAACAGUGUAAAAAUUUUAUAUAGGGUUAAAACUUGAAAGUACCCCUUAUUAUUUGUUCUUAUCUUUAACGUGAUAUAUAGAUCCUACAUAAAACAUUAUUCUGGCUAGUAAACAAAAAAAAAAUAAAUCUCCGGCAUAGGGUUUUUUUUUUUAUCACUAGUUUGAAAAUUGACAGGUAGACGGAUUAUUUUGGCACUCGCAUAUGUGUUUCAAGGCUAAGGUUAAGAUAUAUAAAUGAUAUUUUAACUGAACGUGUAUACUGUAUAUGUUUGUAUACAAAAUUAGAGCUAGUAUUAUUUAUAUGCAGUAUUUUUUUUUAACGUACCAAUUAUUAUUGUUUUAUCGGAAUGUUUCCUUAUUUAUUUUAACGUAGUUGUAUUUUUUUAGUAAAAAAUGUCUUUUUCUCAAAAUCGUUUUUUUUUAUACUGUACAAAUCCAGAAUUCAGUUCCCUAUACCUAUAUCUAUUUUCAAUCUGUAUAAAUACCCAUCUCCUAUCUACUUCCUUUUUUUUACCUGUUUUACCGCGGCUACGUGAUAAACUGAUGUACCCAAUAUUAUUUUAUGUAUUGCAGGACUCGCUACAACACGAUUUAGUGCACUGUGACCUGCAGCCCGACGGCGACGUGUUCUUCAGUAGCAGUGGCGACGUGCGAUACAGCAACUUGAAAACCGCUCCGGUUCGCGGCGGCCGAAGACAUUCGAUUAGCUCGUUUGGAAACUAUUCCAGUAGACGUACUCUGAGCGACUGCAUGGCAAAGUCUCCUCGAGCCAAGCUGUCUACCGGCACUGACCCCAAAGGUACGACCAAAUUAUACAAAUUAUUCUAAUAUUAUGCCGGUAGGGUGGUUAAAUUUGUUUAGCGCGGACCAUAGAAAAAAAAGUUUAUCGAUUUUUAUAGUUUAAAAUAUCUGUUUGCAAAUGUGUUAAAUAAUAUUAAACCAAAACUAAAUAUAUAGGCCAUAGGACAUAGGUAUUUAUUUUUUAAUGGCUGUGUAUUGCCGUAUACUAAGAAAAUCUUUCUCAGAUAGAAAUUUAAUAAAAUUCAUUAAAAAUUAAUGUGGUACUUCCGUAAUUAUUAUACGGAAAUGGGACAACCUUGGCGCCAUAAUAUUAUGUAGUCUAUACCUGCAUAAUAUGAAGAGAAUUAUUUUUUGGUUUUUCGAAUAAAUGUAUACAUAAUAUAGGUAGGUACGUUAUAAUAUUAUUAUUGGAUUUUAUGACGAAUUUAAAAUGAGGGGUGUAUCAGGACGACGUCGUUCGGUCUCUUGGAAACCAUAAAUGGAUUUUCUGGACCUUAGAGAGGGUUAAAUAUUUGGAAACAAAGAUGAAAAAAAAUUUCGAAUUCAUUACAGAAAAAAGGCGUUGGUCUGGUAGUCAAAUUCCAUAUUGCAGAUGCCAGGACGAUGGACCUGUUUACCAAUAAGAAUAUUUUAAUGCUAUUUCAUAGACAAAAUUUUAAUUUUUAACUUGGAAGGUUAUAUUUGCGGUGCACAAUUUAUAGUGAUAUUUUAAAAAUUAAUUUUUUAGGGGUUUCAAGGAAAUUUAAUUUGUUUUAUUAAAACCAUCUCCUCUCCCCUCCCUUAAUCUUGUCUGUAUAUUAUUGUAUAAUAAGUAUGAUCUGUAUUUCAUGACAAACAAAACCUAUGACAUUAUACAAGUAUGUACUAUACAAUCUUAAAUUCCUUUUGGAUACAAUAGCAUAACAAAAACAAAUUACGAUCAACAAAUCGAAUAUUAUGUGUCUUUACGCGUUUUUUAUUUUCUUUCUUAUCGUCUUUGUGUAUGUGUGUAUAUUAGACGGACGUUAAUUAUUUUACCGUAAUCAACGGCUAAUAUAAUUUAAGAAAUAAAAUUCAAUAUGGUCUGAUACGGCGUAUAUCACAUGAACAAUCAUAAUAGUUAUUAUUUAUAUAGAGCAGUAUACUAUGUAGGUAUAAACCGUACAACUGAAAUGUCUAUUAUACGCUUAAAACCUCUUUGGGAUCUCGAGAAUUAUAUAUACAUUGAAAUAGAUUUGAAAAUGCUCAUGACACACCCUGUAUAAUAUGGCGACUAAUAAACUGCGCAGAAGCUUAUAGUAUAUAAUAUACUGUUAAAUGUUAAUAUAAUAUGUUUAGAGAACCAAUUUAAAAUAAUAUAAAUACUGUACGGAGGCCGAGUGCAGUUCGCUGUUGGAAAAUAUUACAGUCUAUUCUUAUCACCAUUUUUCAUUCAAUAUUAUAGUGAACACCGAACACAUAUUUAAAAUAAAGUAUAAAUGUGUCUACUUCAGUUGUAUGUUGUCGUUUGUUUAAUUUUAGAGAAGGGGGUGUUCAGAAUCUUAGGCCCUCCCCUCCCCAGAGAUAUAAUUUGUAAACUCGAAAACUCAGGAAGAAUGAUUCUUUUCACUCGGAUUUAAAAAUUUAUUACCUAUACUAUAAAUUAUUAAAUAAAUAUUAUUCGUUUUAAAAUUGUAUAUUACAUAAUAUAGUGAUGUAUUAUUUCUAGGUCGAUAACUGUAGUGGAACAAAAUAUUUUUACCAGUUAUUAUAAUUGUCAAAUUAUGCGAUAUUUUACAUUUUUAUUACGCUUAAAAAAACGUAGACAAAUAUUUUCUGCAGUACUUACAAUAUCUGCACUGUUUAACGAGGUCAAAAUAAUAAUUAUUGCAGUGUAGCGAAACGCACCGCGGAUUUUAGCAUUUUAUUUAUAGCGUACGUAGAAGUCUAAAAGUUCGUGUUUUAAUAUUUACAUCGAGAUUUCGUAUUUUUCCUACUAUCGCCGAAAAAAAAAAAUAUGUUUUUAAAUAUUUGUACUAUUAAUUUUAUUCGGGUUCGGUUUAAAUAAAUAUUUUCCGUGUUAGUUAAUCACAGGUACCCAAUAUAUUGAAUAAAUAUAUUUUUUUUGUUUGGCGUAAAUAUUUACCUAUUGGGCUUAUUAUAUUUACAUUAUUAUAUUAUAUUAUAAUAUAUAGAAAUAAAUCUGCAGUUGCAUGGACUACAAGCUGUAUACGUUAACUAAAUGUUUUUUUUUUUUUACUAAAAUCGAUUUAAAAUUCCUCACAAUUUUAUAAGAUGAGAUACUGGAUUUAUUUUGAAAAAUUUUUUAAAAAUAAUUUUCGAGAUAAUUACUAACAAUGUCGUGUAACGCUUUUGCAUAGGUUUAGUAAAAAUCGCACCGAUAGGUGCAUUUGAAGGACAUUGUGUAAUAACCAAACUACUAUACAUUUUUCAAACUCUUUUAGGAAAAAAAAAUAAAAAUAUUUCGAUGAUAUUGUGUUCAUAAUUAAAUGUAUUUCAAUAUUAAUUUAGCUACAUAAUAUUAGACCAGGAUAAAUAAAAGGCGAUUCAGUUUUACUUUAUUUCAUUUUUAACGUUUUUUUUUUUUUCAAAUUUAAAGAUAUUUAUUAUAAAUUAUAAUAAAUAGCUCUAGGUUUAUAAUUAUAAAUUAUAAAAUAUUGGAGUUAUUCUGGUUUUUAAACGGAAUUUUGUUAAAAAAACACAAUGAAGUUGUUUUUGAUUGGAAUUAUCUAGAAUUUUAUUUAAUAACAUUAUUAUAAAUUCCGUAUACGGAUAAUUGGAUUUGUCUCGUAACAUAUAAGAAUUUUUUCCGUCAGGAUCAGAAAUAAACCAGAACACAAAUUUCGUCAUAAAUUGGAGCUUACUUUUGUUUUCACAAAAACCCUUCGAUUUUCAGCUAAAUGCAGUUUUGAACAAUCCGGUUACUUCAUAAUUAAUGAUAAAUCAAUGCACUUUAAUCGACUAUCAGGUUGCCGGAAUCUGUUAUAAAUCUUCGUUUUCUGCAGAUUAUCAAUUGGUAAAAAGUAAAAUACUGUAUUAUACAAUGAAAAAAACAUUUUGGCGAUAUUGUAACUACGUUUUAGUGACCAAUGCAACAAAUUGUUUACUGAAAACUACAUCGCCAAGAGAUAACUAUUGUUAAAUCUGUCAUGUAUAAAAUUUAGUAUAUUAUAUUUUUGGUUCCAAAAUCUAGAGUACAAGUCAAUUUUUGUAAUUUUUUUUGUAAUUUUGUCUUCUGGAAUAUUUUUCUAUUUAUACUUUGGCCAAAUAUGUGCAUAUUCUAACACACAUCAUAUACUGAAUAAUUAAAAUAUUUUAAUUCUCUAUGUUGUUCUUUUUAUUUGUAAAAAAUACAUAGGUACAUCAUAUUCAGUAUUUGUAUGACAAGCCAUUUAGAAUGCCAAAUUUAAAUUAAGCUAUGUCAUCUAGCAAUUUUCAAAAUAUAAUUUACUUAUAUUGAAAUGUCUACAAAAUCGGUUCUUCUCCGUAACAAGUGAUAUAGUAUAUUAUAUACAAAUUUGCUAUGUGGUAUAUUUUGGUAAUUUUUAUUUGAUUAUACUAAUUACUGAUAAUGAUUUCUCGCUUAUGUAUACAUAAUUAUAAUUAUAUGUUUCACGAGUUUGCUAAAACGUGUUUGUAAAAUCAACAGUCUCGUCGGUGUGUAUACAAAACAAUUUCAUGAAAAAAAAAAUAUAUAGAAAUCGACUGUCGGCUAACCAAAACAGCCGUCUACCGGGUGACUGAGCGUGCGUGGGCGUCUAUGUACAAGCAGUAUACGGUGGAAGGGACGUGCUCUGCUUAAAAAUAGCAACGGUCCGCCACCGCUAUAUAAUAUUAUAGCACGUGUUCCGCGUUGAGGAUGUUUAUUUCCGUACCUGCAGAUGGAACGACUAAAAUGUAUGCUAAACGAUCGUAUAUAUAACGUUAAGGAAAAGGGUUGACGAUGCGUGUUGUAUUGUAAAAAAAAAAGAAAUACACCAUAAAAAAAUAUACACCGCGUAUAUUUGUACCUAAAAUAUUAUAUAUCGUGGUGCUGCUUACAUUCGUUUAUUUUUUUUUUCGUUAUAAACGCGGCCCCUGGCAUGCAGGCAACACAUAUAACACAUGUGGUAUUCUGUUUUUUUUUUUUUUUUACGGUGUCAGUUUAAAUAUAAUAUUCUCUUACGCCCGAUGACAUAACGUUAAUGUAAUGAUUUUUAAUUUUUCCUCUCAUUUUCUAUUCCAAUAAUAAUUGUAAAUAAUACUAUUUCCUAUCGUUAUUAUUAGGUCAUAUUCUUAAGAAAGGUCUGGUUCAAAUAAAAAUAUACUAUUCCAUGAAAACGACUCAUUUAUAAUGAAGUAAAUUCAUAAAAUAAUGUACAACAAACUAAAUCGUAGUUAUAGAAACCGUUAUUGCUGUUAAAUAUUGCUUGCUAAAUAUUCCUGUUUUCCAACGGUUUUUUCCCUUUAUUAAGAAAACUAAAAAAAAAAAAAAUUCAAAAUAUUAUAUUCUUUGCAAUAGUCCUCAAAAUUUGCUACUAAAAAUUAUUCUAGAUGUUAAUGAUAGGGGUACGAUUUAUGAUAAAAAAAUGUUUAAUAAACGAAAAGUUAUUAGCUGAAACCAAUAUACAAUGGAAAAAAACAACAAUUUUCCAAAUAUUUACAAAAUAGGUAAAAAUAAUUAGUACUAAACUACUUAGAAUUCCACGAAACAUAUUUAAAAUAACAACCUUCAGAAAACAAAUGGAUAUGUAAUUACAAUAAAAUACUAUGUCACACUCAAAAGUUUACUGUUUACGAAGGCAUCGAAAAAUAUAAUUAUUAAUGUACAACAAAUAAAAUAUAAUAUUAAAUAAUUGGCGUCAAAAUUGUUUUAUUAGUACCACAAUUAACUAGAUAAAUAUUAUCUUAUUAUUACCUUAGUUGAGUAUAAUAAUUGUAUAUAAUACACCAAUAUUGAUAAACUUACAGAAAAAAACAUUAAAUUAAAUUGUCUCUACUUUUAGUAUUUUAGUGCAGUAAAGAAGCCAUUAGUUUUACUGUUUUUUUUUCUUGGAACACAUUUUCGGUUAGUAAAUAUGCUCAGUUUUUUAAAUGUCAUACCAUAAAAGAUAUGAAUUUUUCACCUAAUGGUGCUGAUUUCUGGCCAGCCGAUAUUUUAAUUGUAAUAUAUAAUACUAAUAUAGUUACGUAUUUAAAUAUUAAUAGUAUUUAUCCUGUAUGGUGCACGAUUCGUAUUAUUAUUUGUUGAAUAAAUGUAUAACUACUCAAUUAAAAUCCAAUGGGACAAUAUCGUAGAUUAAAAUAUUGUUUGAGAAAAGACCUUUUUGUCCUAGACUUGACUAGAGAUAGUUCCAAUCGUUGAAAUGCGGAAUGCCUACGCGCGAGACAGGUAGACAAAACAAAUGACUUGUAGAGGGCGCCACGUCUGUAUCUACUGUCAGUCUAGCUAUCUGGUAAAAUUACGUUACUUAGAACAUGUAAUUGUACAUUUAGAUUGAAAUUAGAGUCUAAACACAAAUAACAAAAUCUAAAGAGAAGAAUAUUUUUGAGGUCUGUAUGUAAUUUUUUUCUAAACAUAUAAUAAUUGUCAUAUAAAAGAGUUAUAGUUGUUUUAAAAAAACAAAAACAAAACUAAUAUGGCUAUAACUUUUUUGUAUGACAAUUGUCUAGAUAAAACUACGUACAGCCUUCAUAAACAUUCUUCUCUUUAAAUUUUGUUAUUUGUGGUCAAACUUUAAUUAUUUUAACCUGAAUGUUCACUUAUGGAUUUAUCAUUUAUGUUGUAAACAACUUCCAAAUUUGAUUUUAAAAAUAUAAUACUCGCUAUAAUAUACACUAUAAUAAAUAUAUACACUCGUAUAUUAUAUACUAUUAAAAGUAAUAUAACUAACGUAAUAUGUAUACAAUGAGUGUACUACACCAACUAGUGUUAUAUUAUAAGAUAAAAUUGUAAAAUUAGUAGGUAAUAAAAAAACGAAUCUUGAUAAUUUGUCAUAAGGUUAUUGAUAUGUAUUAUAAUAAUUUUGUGUUUGUAGAUCAAUUACUUUAAUAUCCUUUGGAUUGUCUUCAUUUCUGAUUAAAUUCUAUAUCCUGUUAACAUUUUGUAAUCUUGUAUAAUAUACACAUUACGAGUCACCGGUUACAAAUUGAUAAUCAUUUUAGUACGGUUACAAACUAAUAAUAACCGGUGACAGCGAAAAUAGGUAUUCGUUUGAAACUUGUCCCAUAGUCUAUGACUAACCCCCUCCCCCUCAUUGAACUAAAAUAUCAAAAAAGGUUUGAAUAUAUUUUGUACAUGUGUUGUAUACAAAACAAAAAUUUAAUUUAUUAAAAUUAAACAUUUAAAACUAAAUUUCCACAAUUAAAUCAAAUUGAUCGUUUAAUAAUAUCGUGAAAAAUAAAUGAAAAGAGAUAACAUGGUGGUUGCCAAAUGGGUUUAAUAAGGAGAAGAAAUAAUUUUAGAGAGAAUGACGAAACACGGAAAAGUUAACGCUCGUCACCCGCAUCUAACCGAGAUGAUCAUAUAAUUUUAAGUCCGAUUUGUAACCAGCGUGACUUGUGAAAUGAAACGAAUUUCAAUAUUUUGUAAACGCUUCUAAAUUUCGGGGGAAAUAAUCACCUAUUUCAACUAUCAACGAGUUUUCGAAAUCAAAUUCUGUUGUUUUUCGUAUAUUAAUAUUAUUAUAAGGACUACAAACAUUAAUAUUUCAGUUAAUUUUUUAUGUUUUGGUAAAAAAACUUAAAAAAAUAACUUCUUAUUUUAUUAUUUUUAAAAAAAUUGAAGAUAGCCAUUUUAUAGAUUUUAUUAUUCUGAAAAUUUUGACAUAACAACUUUUAUUUUCAUUAAAUUCGUGGUUUUUAAUCAUUUUUUAAAGUUCAGAGAAAAAAAAAGUGUAUAGUCAAUUAGUUAUAAUAAUAAUAGUAAUCAAUUAACGAAUGCGAUUAGAGCUUAUUUCUAAACAAAGUUAAUAGAUAAAUUAUCAUUAUAUAUUAUUACCAUAAAUACCCAUACAGCACAGGGAUUUCACUAUAAAAGUGAAUAACAAUGUUUUAUUUUUCAUCUGUAUUACCAAGAGAACACAUAAAUCAACAAAAAUAAUUAGAUUUUUAUUUAAAAAAAUACGUAUCUAAAAACCGAAUUUUAGGGAAUGGUAUUCUAUCGAGUAUAGGAGAUUGAUUUUAAUAGCUUUUCCGGACAACGUGAAACAAUUUCUCAGAGUUUUAUGGUGAUCGAAUGAAUGAUGUAGUAAUAAUACAUCAAGAAAAAAUAAAUAUCUAUUAAUUAUAUAUAUGUAUUCACAUAUAGAUUAUUAAACGAUACAUAUUACCUAUACAAGUGUAUACCUAUAAGCAUUUAAAUUAUCAACAUUUUUGUUAUUAUUGUAUAAACAGCAGAAUAUUAUAGGUACUACAAACAGAAAUAAGUAGGUAAUCUAAAACAAUCUAUAUAAUAUUUAAUUGUCAUUGUACUUUGUACAAGGAUAAUAUUUUACCUAAUAAUAAUUGACAAAUAAUAACUUUAAAAAGGUAGGUAUCUCAUAUAUAUUUGCUUGACAAUAAUUAUUGUUGUUAACUAUCUGUUAUUAGUUAUAUAUAUAAUUAUAAUUCAAUAUUUUUAAUGUUCUGCAGAUAACGUGGAAAUCAUAUUUAUGUGUUUCUGUUUACAUCACUCGCACUACAGUCCACAUUAUACCUAAUACUUGUAUUAUAAUAGGUGCCAUGCUAAGCAUGGCAACCAUAUUCUUUAUUAAAUUACCUCGAUUAAGAAAAACGCCUAUUAAAAUAUUAGUAUAUUUUUUAUUAUUAUUUAAAAAUACAUAUAGAUUGACAAUUAAUAAUAAUAUAAGCGUUAUAAAGUUAUCGUCAAAUGCGUCAUGUUAUACAUAGACGUUUUUAAAAUUAUUAUUUUUUAAUUAUACGUCAUAAUGAUACGUUUUAGAACAAUUCAAAUUUAUGUUCAGGCUAGAACGCUAAGUAGGUAAUAAAUAUUGAAUUCAAACGUCUGAUUUAUUAUUACUAAUACAUCAAGGGAAGGGAGGUUAAGAGUAUAUAGCCCAUUCCAUGGGCUGUUUUUAUGUAUGUAUACUAUUUUACGAUUCGUGUAUUAAUUUGCUUUAUCAGUUAUUUUUUUUACUUUUAAAAGAAUAUUUUCUACACUGAACUGUAUGAAAACGUAUUAAUGAGAAGUACUAUAUCAAAAAAUAGAUGGGUUAACAUAUAAAUAUGCUAAUAGCCUAAUAUAAAUAAAAAAUAAGAUAUUAAUUAAAAUAAUAUACCUAAUUACUGUAUUUGCAUAAAAUUUAUCCUCUCCCUCUUAAGAGGGUUGCUAAGAGGGAUGUAUAUACAAUGUGCACAUAUAUACAGUAAAUAACUAUACAAUCUAAAUAAUUAUUUUAAGUCAGGUACUUUACAAAUAAUUGUGUAGACUUUAUAUUUUAACUUGAAAGUGAAAUUAUUUAUUUUCUGUCAACUUUUAACAUGAUGACUAUAGGUACUCAAGUAAUAGUUAUUAUUUUCGUUAUGAUUCGCCCACUUAUAGUAAAACCGUGUGUUAUAUUUGUAUAGUAGAUACAAUAGGUAUUACUUAAAAUAAUAAACAUAUCGUUUUUAUUCAUUCGUACUAAGAUCCGCUGGAAAAACGUCGUUUAAAUCGUUCUAUUUCUAUAUCUCGUUCACUCAUUGACGAAAAAGGUUUAAAAAUCUAAAGAGUAUUUCUGCAGAUUAUACGUGUGUGGUGAUAUCGUAUACGUGUAUAUACGAUAGUAGUAUCAUUAGGGAGGUCGAUAUUUUACCCAGUUUAACUUGUACCGUUUUAUUUGUGAUCUCUGGCAUUUGAAGAAAAUAUAUUUUUUUCUGUAAAUGAUUGUAAUCAAUAUGCCCCUCUAGUCUACCAAAUAUUGAAAAUGACGCCUCAUAAACGUAUUACGUAUGCUUGUAGACAUAAAUAGCCGGUAAUAUAUCGUAUAAACUUCGCGUCACGUAUUCGACUAAUCGCGUGGUUUAAACCUGUCAAUUUUCAGUGACCCAAGUCGAUUAGGUAUACAUCACGAUUUCUAUCAGUUAAAAUAUUAUAUAGGGUGAUUCUUUCAUCGUAGUCCAGCAAUAUUCUCAGACAAGUUUUUUAAUUUGAAAUCUGUAUUUUUUUUUUUUUAAUUAUUAGAUACAUGAAAUCGUUUAAGCUUUAUUUCAAUACUACUUAUACGAGUAUAUUUUCAUUUUAUGUAUGCCCAUAAUUUUUAUCUUUAAGGAUUAAAUUUUGAUUUUCCAUCAGCAAUUUCAUUCCCUUUUUUCAAUACAAAUUCGAUUAAAGAAUAUUUUUCUAAUUACAAUUUUUAUAUGUAUAAAAUAUAAAAUUGGUACACUAUAAAAAAAUCGGUUAUACUGUUUAAUAAGUGUAUAUUUAUUUUUAGAUGAUAACCCUUUCUUGCUUCUCUGGUUUAAAUUUUAAAUUGUCACAAAUGUUACUAGGAAAAACCUGCUUGUUUUUAUUUUGUUGCUUUUCUAUGCCUUUGUUAGAUCAGAGCAUAUGUUCAUAGUGUCAGUAUAUUUUUUUUUAUUAAAUAUCUUAUCAUUUGUUGAUUUCGUAAAUUAAAAGUGCAAAAAUUAACUUAGGACUUUUGUUUUUCCAUAAAUAUUAAUGAUAUGGAUAGACCAUUCUUACAUUAAGUUUAAUACAUUGUAUGUCGCUGAAUGACGAAUUAUGAUACUGUAUAACACAGCUAGCAUAGGACAGGGUGAUGUAUCUAGGAUUUUUUUUUAUCAUUUUCAUCAUUUUAGAGUGUAGGCCAAAAUUCACGACCGCAAAAAUACCAUACUUAUAGUCAUAUAAUUUUUAAUAUCUAUGGUUUUUAUCGAACCGUGCGCAGUAAAUCGGACAACUGCGGACUUUUGGCUGCCCCCGUAUAAAAUAUGAUGUAUACCUAUUAUAUACGCGUUUGGGUCGGCUCGAAUAUGAAUAUUAUUGUUUUUUCGCGGCACAGUUUUUGUUUUGUGAUAUACGUCAUCCGUUCUAAAGACGCGACGAUGUACUAUACCGGCUUAUUAAUAACGCGUUGUCCAUGUGCGACAUCGUCUCUUUACCUAUAGGUAGACACGAUAGAAACUUUCCGUCGGCAUAAUAUUAUUUUAUUAUAUUGUAAUUCUGUUGUCGACACGUGGGCCGCGACUCGCAUCGCAAAUUCGACUGCCUACUGGUUUUAAAAAAAAAAUAAUAAUAUAAUAAAAAUAACCGUCGGUACAUAAUAUAAUAAUAUAUAAUAUGCGCGUAUGCCUAUAUACAACGCUAUUGGUAUACACUAGGCGAUACAGUCAGUUUUGCUGGUGACGAACGCGUUGGAAAUAAUAAUAUACCUAUAUUUAUUAUUAUUAUUAUUGAUAUUUUUUGUCCGCAGUUUAUAGAAUAAAUCCUUCCGACACAAACAGAACAUAGAUUAUUUACCAUCUCUAUGGUCAAUUCUGUUGGUUUUUUUUUUUAGGAGGCCUGUACGAAUCCACACAUCUUUUUAAAAUAUAAUAUCGUUUUCUUGUACAGUGGCAAAACGAACCUAAAAUAACCGUGUUCAAGCAACCUGUAUAAUCUGAUCAGUACCCACUAUAGUGAUGUUAGACAUAUUCGGAUUCCAAUGUAAUCCUAAUACUGAAAUACAUUUUAUUCGGAUAAACUGAAUAAUUCGAAUGUCUUUAACCAUUUGACUUCUUUAAUUUAUUUCGUAUAUAAUACAUUUGCGUGUAUCUAACUAUCACAUAUAUUAUUAUAUAAUAAUACAUGUACAUAUAUAUUAUUACUUAUUAUUAUUAAGUGUGAUAUGUUAAUGUGUAUGUUGUUUUAUUAUUUAAUAACGUAUUUAAACGAAAACAAAAUUACUCGGAUUUCGGAUAAACGGAUAUGGAUAUCCGGUUUACUCGUAAUUCGGAUAAUAUUGAUAUUAUUAGUACCCACCUGCUAAUAUGUCCCAAUUGUUUUCAUCUAUUUUUAUUCGAUUAGUAUAGUAAACAAGUAUUAAUAUUCAGUCAUUUUUAAAUUGAAUACCCACUCACUUCUAAAUAUUAAAAAAAAAAAUCGAAAAGCAACCACUGCUCAAAGGCCGCGUUCGUUUCGCCCUUAUUUUUGUACUAAAUUGUAUAUAAUACAAUAAACAACCAAAACUUGAAAAACAAACUAAUUUAUGCUAAGGUUUUUUUUGUUUUCGAUAAAUACUCUUUCGUUAGUAAGCGUUUAUGCUUCGAUAUUUUCACUUCAUAUCUUAAAGAGGCGGAAUUUGUGCUCGGUUCUACUUUAUUAGAAAUAUUUAUCGAAACUUUCAGCAGUUUUACCCUUGUUUUAUUUAUAAUAAUUAUUUUUUUAUUUCUGGAUACCGUUGUCAACAAGGGAAAAACACGACUUAUAUACUACUGCGCUCAGAAUUGUAUUUUCAUUAGUAAUGAUUUGCAUAUAAUUAAGAAAUUAAACUAUAUUCUAUAUAUGCUAUACCCUCUCAACUAUUUAUCUAAAAUAAUGGUGGCCUACAGUCUACCUUUGAGCCAGUAUCGACUUAUGUGAACAAAUAUUCAUAUAUCGAGUGAUGAUGAAAAAGGCUGUGAGAGAAAAAAUUCUAAAGGUCCUGAGUAUAGUUUCUCGUCUCUUCUGUAAAGUAGAUAUUUUUUACUCAAGCCCUUUCUCUUAAAAUCCAUCCAAUCAUUAGUGAAAAAGAUUUGUAUAAGAUUGUAUUAGAAUAUAACAUACGAAAUCAAAAUUAAUAAUAUUUUAAUGUAAGUCUCGCAUGGUGCACGUGCACUGCACAGGUAUACAUAUUAAUAAUACAUAUUGUAAUAAUUAGUUAAUUUAAUUCAAUGUCGUUACCAAAGUAUUGAUUAGUGCACCGUUAUAUUAUAAUAUACUUAUCGAUAUAGGCAUUUCACUUCCUGUUGUAAAUUUGAUACUGUAAUUAUAUUAUUAAUUUCUUGGAAUACAUUUAUUUUUUUUAAUUUCAUACAAUUAAUAAUAGAUACCUACUAUUUGCACUAUUAUACACUAAGGUACUCACAACAACGAUUUCAUGUGUUUGAUAGAUUUUUUUUUAUUUUGCAAAUAAUUUUAAAUUGUCAAAAAGAUAACUUCAUGAAAUAAACUGAAAUCGUUAAAAAAAUAAACUAUUACGCUGAACUUUUUACUACUAAGUAUAAUUUAUGGUGAACUUCGUGUAAAAUUGUUUAGUAUUUCUACUUAACCAAAACAUUUUAUUCACAUGCGACCGAAUAGAAACUAUAUAAAUUCGAAAAAUAUCAAAUGCUAAUAAAUAGCUUAAAAAUCGCCAGAAUAGAUUGGAAAUUUUACCACGUUUAGAAAAUACGAUAAUUUGAGAUUUCUAUGAUUAUUUUUGACCAAAUUACAAAAAAAAAAAAAAUCGAAAAUAACGGGAGCCGUAUUUUUGUGUUCCUGUUUUUCCUUGGUUUUCACCAAUUAUUAAGAAAAAUCAAAAAAUGACCACUAAAUUCAUCUAUAAGACAACAUUUUGUUUAAAAAAAAAGUAUUUGGAAAUCGGAGUGUUAUUUCUAGUAAAGAAGUUGUUGAGAUAGAAAAAAAUAUAUACAUCAUAGUAAAAUAUAUAUAAUAACAUAUUAUACAAAAAUAUAUUGUAUAAAUUUAGGUAUCUUGUAUAAAUGUUGGUCAAUUGAUGAUCAAUUGUUUACGUGUAAUUUUUUUUUGCUUACACUUUACGACCACAGCCUAGGAAAAUCUUCGACAGGCGAUCAAUCUAGGAGCGAAAAUUUUAAACCUACGGUUUUAUUAAAAGUGGCGGCUAUUAUCAAAAAAUUAUGUAUUUCUGUGAAUCUACCCGUUCUCCUUCAUACCGAUUGAUAUAUAUAUAUUUAAUGGAAAACUCGAGCAAUACUCGGCCAUUGGAUUUGCGGCCAGCCGCCUCUGGAUUUCAAUAACAAUAAAUAAAAUAUAAAACCAUAAAACAGCUGCUGACUUUAUAUAGAUAAUAGUAUUAUAUUUUUAAAAAAAUGUGAUAAAAUUGAGAAAAUGACAUAAUUAAUAGCGAGUAGUGCAAUUCCGUAAUUCACAAUUAAUGUUCAUAAUUAACAUUUUAUUAUAUUUAAACGUAAAAUAAAAAAUAAAAAUAAAAAACGUCUAAUUAAUAAAUAAUAAUGUCAGUCGGUGGUCGACGACCUUAAACAGAAAUCUUUUUAUAGACAUAAUUUUGUACAGAUAGUUUUAUAUUUAGCUUUUCUUCUGUGCACGUUUUUUAAAUAUUUUUCGAAGAUCAUCAUGUUGAAACUAUUAAUUUAUGAAUGUGUAUAGAAAAAAAAAAACCAUCGCCAUAUACACUAAUCCGUCGUCGUACAUAUAUGUAUUGGAUUUUUGCAAUCCAGUCGAUAGCUGUUUGAAAAUAAUCAAGAACCGCCAACGCGUUCGUGCUGUUCGUUCAUUAGAGUUAUGUUUUUUGAACAAAAGAACGGAAUAAAAAUAUAAUUUUUAUCAUAAUACAUAAUAAUAAAAAUAAUAUAUGCGUCGAACUCGUAUUAGGUCAUACCCAUGAGCGUCUCCGGGGGGGGGGGUAAGAAGGUGUAUUUGUUCUCCCCUUCGGUUUUCAAUUCUUAUAUUCUGCAGCCUCAAGUUUAUCUCUUUUGAUUUCUAUGAUUACUAUGGCAAAAUACAGUGCCAUUUUAGAACCUAAUAGACUGAGUGGGCUAUGCAUGUUAAGUAUUCAUCAAACAAGUAAAUUCAGAGAAAUACUAAUUAAUUGAAAAAGCACUAACAAAAUUUAGUAGAAAAUUUCCACGUAGAUUACAAUUUGUAUUAAACGAAAAAUAAUAAAUUUAAGUAAAAAUACCUAUAGUAGUUAUGAUGUAUUAAAGUUAAGAAUUUAUUUUAUAAAACAAAAUUGCCAUUUAUUUUUUAAAUCAUGUUUGCUCUCCCUCCUGAAAAAGUCUAUCUGCAGGAUUUAAGAAUUUUCCAUAUGUAAUUGCACUGUGGAAAUUGCCAAAUCUUGCAGAUACACUCUGUAUAUUAUAUCGGAAUAUUGUUGUAGAGAUCAAAGAAAAAUACACGAUAACGGAACUAUAAUCUAGAGCAUUAUAAUAUUCCCGUAAGUCGCAACUAAAUAAAUAACAAUGUGAUAAUAAUUUGUUUUCUUCGUAUACGGUUAUGUUUUUUUUUUAUAAAUAAUACAUAAUAAUAUUAUUAUAAUAUUAUAUACGUGUUAAAUAUACCGGCAAAUGUAUUUUUUCCAAAUGGUAUAUUAUGUACCUACUUUUUAUAUGCGACAUUUAAUAUUUAUCUUUUUCCUUUUAUAAAUACGCGGUUUAUGUAAACUUUAAUUGGACUUGAAUCCUGCCCUAAAUGCACUAUGUUGAUUUUAAAUUUUGAGUGUAGAGAACGAGCUGUAUUAUACUUUACUAUAAGAUGUAUGUGUGUGUGUUUUUUUUUUUUUUUUUGGAUUAGUAAAAAAACUCCGAUUUGUAUGGCGUACAUACUUUAAAAAGAUUAAAAAAAUGUAAAGAUUCCCAAUAGUUUUUUUUAUACAAUUAAAAAAAAAAACAGAAAACAUUUUUCCAUAUAUUGGUUUUAUUUUUGUUAAUUUUUAGCGUAAUGCUUUGGUUACAAGUGGACAAAUACGAAUAUGGCUAUCCGCUAAGGGUUAAGGGUUACCCGAGUGUGUCCCGAAAUUACACUUUUUCAAUGUUCCUAGUACAUUUCAAGAAAAAAUAUCAUAUUUUCAACGUAUUAAUCCAAAUGCGCUGCAAUUAACUUAAUGUUAUCUAUGGUGCACUAUGAGGAUGUGAACUGGCUUAUAACACAAAAAUAUUGGUUUAAUUUAUUAUCUAUUAUUGAUUACACCCAUUAUGAUGGUUGAUUGAGUGUUAUAAAAUAGAUACCGAAUUCAUAGUCUUUAGAGUAUUAAAAUUUGUUUGUACAUGAAAACAUUACAAUUUUUACAUUUUUUUUGUAAACUAUGGCACUACACUCGUUCACUAGCUUAGUUACUGCACUACUACUAGCUGUACUUCACAGUAUUGCUUAGUUUUACUAUCGAAGUUGAAAUAAACUGUUGGUUCUCCACUGAUCAGUUAACAAAUUAUUAAAUUAUAAAAUAUUAUAUAGACACCUACCUAUAACCUCAUUUAUACGACUGCGAACGAACUCAGGCAAUUCGAAAUAAUUUGUCGAUAUGACGUACUUUUGCUAUGAAAAAGGUAAACAUUAAAAAUGGGACCCACUCGGGAUGUCCUCAUGAAUUUAUCAUAUUUUAAUACUCUAAAAUGUUAUAAUCAAAUUAAAAUUAAGUGCAAAGGGCGUGUACAGAAAACAAAAAAAAAGAGCUGUGAAUCAUAUUUUUAUACCCUACCAUUGUAAAAAUUAUAAUAUCGUGACAUGUGCUCAUACGUUUUCUCGUCAAAUACUACAGUAAUAAUAAUUAUAAUACACAUAUUUCUGUAGAGUAUUGCAAACGCAGUAUUUUUAAAAUACAUAAAUAAUAAAAAAAACUUAUUUUAUGGUCUGGUGCUUGAAUUUAUUUUCGGCAUUCUUUUUUAAAAUGUUUAAUGAUUUUUUGCAAGUUUCAUCUGGGGGUGUAAGGAAUUAUUCAAAAAACGAAUUAUCGUGAUACUAUUACAUUAUACCAUCGCAAGGUAUUAAAAUUAGAUAUAAUAAUAUUAUUGUAUUAUUAUGUACACAAAAUUGUAGGUGGAUGAGAAUUAUUUUAUCGUUGUUCCGAUAAAAGCAGAAGACGUUCGAAGAGUCACAUAUUCUCCAUCACAUCCGUCAUUUUCUACUGUUUAUAAAAAUAUAGCUUUCCGUCCGUGGGGCUAUAUUUUCAAACCAAUCGGAAAAAAAGGUUUUCGGAUAAAAGUAAAUGAAAAUGUAUUUGUAUACUAUGAACCGAUUUUGCACCAAUUUUUUCCUAAUCGAGUUCGGUAUACAGUAAAACUUCCAUACACAAUGGUCAUCGAAAGGACCGGAAAUAAUUACCGCUAUUUAAAGGUGACUGUCCUUUAUAGGUUUCCUAUAAAGGCAUAACACUGGAUGGAACCAAAUAAAAUGACUGUUACACAGAGGUGGUCGUCUUUUAGAGGUGAUUUUUAACGGAAAUUUUACUGUAUUUUAAAGCCAAAAUUUCUCCAUGUAUAAAUGAGUAUUUCAUCAUGAAAUGCGGUCAUUGUCAAAUGUUUUCGUUACCAUUAGAAAAUAUGAUCAUCCAUUAUUAUAAAGACGAUUGGUGGCGUAAUUAUGAGGGGGGAGAUCUGGGUGUCCAAUCGCUCCUUGGUCUUUUUUCCAAGGUUACUCUAUAACUCUGAAACAAAUAGGUACUUAGUGAUAGUUUCGAUGAAAAUUUUAAUUAUAAAAAUUAAAUAAUUAUCGAAUUCUGUUAACUUCAACAUAAUCGUAUUCUAUGAUAAAAGGCAACAAUAAAUAUUAGUAAUAUUAAUAUAGAAUAAAUAAAAAUCAAAAAAUAAAAGAACCUAUUAGGACUACACUCUUUAGAAAACAUUGAUAAAAUAUCAAAUAAAUUUUGAGGUAUGGUCGCAGAGAAAUUGAAAUAUUUUUAUAUUAAUCGAAACAGUGUUUUCGAGAAGAAACACCAAUGAGUAGCAAAACGCCGUUACUAUAGAAACGAAUUUCUUCAUUCCCAUAAUAGUAUUAUACUAUAUAAUAUAUUUAAUGUUCUAUACAAUAUUGUAAAAUUUGGUUAGAAAAAUUAUAGUAGUAGGAGUUGCAAGUUUAAAUUCCCCAAAAAGGUAAACCUUAACACUAACGUCAUGCAUAUAUAAAAUUGCAUUCCCCCUGGCUUCAUUCAAGUCUAUAUUAGUGGUGAGCUAAAAAAAACAUUCCAAUUUUUAUCACUUCAAUCCGUCUCUAUAAAGUAAUUCUAAUUGCCAAGAUAGGGCUCAUUCGGUCCAGAAGGAACCUUUAGAAAUUUUCAAAAGUAUUCGGGAUAUGUAUGUAACGGAUCUAGGAAAUAAUGCCCGAAGAAUAAAUGUCCGAAGUCAAAUAAUUAAAUAUACGUUAUUUGAUCGUAAUUUGUUAGAACGCGAAUUUUUUUUAAAAGAUCUAAAUUUAUUCAUUCAAAAAUAUUCAAAUUCACUAUCGAAAAAAUGCACAAUAUAUAAGUGCGCAAAAUAUUAUGUGACCAUGUCUGCAGUCAAACGACUCGGAAAUUUUUUCUUCCGGAUAGUUUUUCGCCCAGACAUUUCUUUUUUCGGCUUUUUUUCCCCCACAAACAGGCAUACAAUACAGUGCAAUAGUCUUUAUAUUUACGGGGGACAUUCGAGAAAAACACGUCUCUGUAAGACUGAACGACUUCUUCGCUAGACUCGGAAACUAAAAAGACAAUAAUAUACGUGGCUAAUUUAUUUAUUUAUUUUUUUUUUUUUAUCGAUGUGCGUACGAAGUAGGUGUAGAGUAUUGACGGCGGGCGGUGGGGGUGAGGUCUGAGUCCGGUACGGUAAGGUCGGACCGAAGAUCGGCGACCGGCGGCGGUAGUCAGUGUCGGCCCGGCCGCGGCCCGUUAUGUGUCUGUUGACUUCGGUCCUGUUGCUUGGCACCGUCUGUUUUCGCCUGUCGGCCCUCUGUGAUCUAUCCGAAUGCGUUUUCGUCAGGUUGUCGAUUAUGUGCGACUCGUCUUCGUGGUGAUUUUAUGGCAAUCGCGUCAACGUAAUAACGUAAUAAUAAUACAUAGGAGAUAAACACUGGUCAAGUGCCUAUACGAAUACGGUUUCGCGGUUUUAUAAAAUACUUAUUUUUUCCGUCCGAAAAACAUAAUAGUAAUAAUAAUAAUAAUAUAAUACCGUUGUCGCUGGCGAAUGAUAACAAAAAAAAAAAAAAUAAUAAACACCGCGUCGUCCAAAGGAAAUUUGCAAGUAAGCGUCUCUAAUAUAUUGUAGUAUAAUAUCUGUAUUAUGUUAUAGUACCUAUACAUUACAAUAUGAUUAUGGCAUAUUUACGUGUCAUUUCUUAUAUCGUCCGUUUUGAUAUCGACAAUCUUUAAUAAACAAUUUCUCUUUAAAUUACUAUUAUUUCACCAUCAGUAGAUUUUGGUAUUUUUUUUCUACGGUGUCCUAUUGGGAAAUACUGCUUAAGGGAAAGGGGAGAGGGGUUGAUGAUAUCGGUUUGGGCAUUUAUUCGUAUGUAUUCAAAACUAAUGGGUUUUCACACGUUUUUCGAUCCGAAAAACUGUAUCUGGAGCACUCCAUGUUAGGCACGUACUCAAGGGGGCCAUAGGGUCUGGACUACCCCUCCUCCGGAAUUUAUGCUUUUCACCAAAAAAUCAGAUUAUUGGUAGUUGGUGAUGAAUUUUAUGUUUGACUCCCCCCUCCCAAAAAAAAAAAAAUUCUUGCUAUGGGCUUGCUGCGGGCCUGAUAUCUAUAUAUAGGUAGUAAUAUUAUGAUUUUAAUUAUCGUCAGUGAAACAAAAAUGUAAUAUACAACGGUGUAUAACUGAUUUUACGAACUGUCCAGUCCAAUGAGACUACGUAGAAGAUAAUAGCUGUGAGAAGUCAAAGCAAUGAGCGAAUUGAAGAAGUAAAAUACUGUCUUCAAGUCUACGAGUACUUGAAACGGAUUUUCGAGCACAACGAAUUACCUAACUUAUCCUAUAGAUUCCACAAAAUAUUAAGUAAAUAUUAUUUACUCGUGCUUUUGUGCUAUUGGCAUAUAGGUGCCUCAGUUUUUACAUGUUGUAUGUUUUUUUUUUAACUAUUUAUAGAUAUUACAUUGUGUUACUGUAUAGUUUGAGAAUUUUAACUAUAGAUAAUAACUAGGGAUUUAAAUGUCCUAAAAACCAUCGAAAAUUAAUCUAAAAAUCUUCUUAAAUAUUACUUAAAAACGUUUUAUACAGUCAUAGUUAUUAUAAAUAGUAAUAACUAUAACGUUGUAUUUGAACAACUGAAUUUAUCCAAAAAAAUAUGAUUUUGCAUUUUAAGAUCACGACUAAAUGAUCAAGAUUACACUCUGUGUAAUCUUGAUUUUUAUUAUUGGGAUUUUUCUCCAAAAAACGUGUCCUCAAUUAUCACGCAUUGUUAUACGAUACUUAUUGCACUGGUUGCAGAACCUCUCUUUUAUGUAAUAAUAAUAAUAUUUAGCUUUCAUUAAAUUGUAAUUUUAUUAUUAUUUCGGUCUAAAUCGAUCGUGCAAUCGCAGAGAGUUAGUUUCGAUUUUAUUUAUAAAACAGCACGACUGCGGUGAACUUAUUUUAACCUAGUACGUCGAUUGAACAUUCGUUAAAUGUAUAUAAUAGGUACUUACUAAUUAUAUUAUUUACAAAUGGGUAUUUCGUUUAAAAAAAAAAAACCGUAACAUAACUGAACUUUUUGUUUGUACGUUAUUGAAGAUACGUUUUCUCGGCCGUACAUUCGGUUAAUUUUUACUGUAGUUUUUAUUUUUUUGUUUAAAGGAAUAAACGAACGAGGCGAUUUCUCUCUACGGGUUUUGUGUGCGACGCCUAAUAAACUUUCAAAAACGUCGGUUUUGCUAUCUCAUAUUUAUUUAACUAAAUACGCUUUGUGAGAACGCGCUCGUGUGAAUCGACCGUUUUUGAAAUAUUUAUUUGAAAAAUUUAUUUUAUUUAUAGACAACUAUUAUUAUCCUAUAAAAAUAUGACACUAAUAAAACAAAAUAGUCAAACAAAUAAUGUUGAUAAAAUGCGUAUCAACAUUUUAUAAUUAUAAAAUAUCUAUACCGGUUAUAGACUUUAAUUAGACCGGUGUCACUCAUAGAUGGGUAGUAAAAACUUAGUGACUAGCUAGAUAAAUCGUGGCCCUCAAUGAUAAUAUGAGUUUCAAGAAAAUAAAAAUUUUUGUAUAAGUGAUAUUUAAAAUAAUAAAAUUAUAAUUAAAACCAACAAAUAGGUUUAAACUUUUAUAUUUUCUACCUCUGAUCCGAAUACGGAAAUAAAUAAAUUCAUAUGAUAUAGUAUGACGAUUUUUAAGAACUUAAUAAUCUAUUUAGCAAAUAAAAUAAAUUUAAUUGAAAAAAAAUUCAAACUUUUCAACAUUUUAUUUCUUGUCGAAUACUGUUAUACAAUUUCGAUUGAAACCAGACACGAUUGAAACAAACACGCCAUUUCCUCAACAAAUAACCGGAUAAAAUUAUCUAAAUAAUCGAUUAUUUUUAUUAACAUAUCAUUUAGGUAUAGCUGAGAAAAAUCGAUUAUAAAUCAGUUUCCUAUUUCCCGAAAGAUACAAAUUUUAAGAAAGAAUGAUAAUCGCAGUUUCCCGUUCAUAAAAAAAAAAAUAUUAUCGAAACAAUUUAAACGCGUAAAUAUUGAUAGAUGAUAGAUUUUAAAGUGUAAACCGCUCCAGUUAGGUUGACGAACAAAAAAAAUAACGAACGAUAAAAAGCGAGUUACUUCAUUUUUCUUUGGGGGCAUCGUCGUCGUAUAAUAUACCAGACCGGUUUUUGCACCGUACAAUUAAAAAAUCAUCGUUAUUAUCCAUCGGAAACGCUGACCACGCGCCUAAUUGUUAAAACGCAUUGGCUACCUAUUUAUUAUUGUACACAGUCUUCGGCCCCCGAUUGGUAUAUAGCUGCAUGCACGCACAUCAUAAACAAUAACACUUAAUUAUUAUUGAUGAUGAUGAUGAUAAUAAUAAUAAUAGUAAUAUACGGGACAUUAUCGAUGCCGGGGUGUCCGCGCGACCGAUGCGAUGGCGCCGUUUCUUUUUCGCGAUCGGAUCCACACGUGCCCUCGGCGCGUAUACCCCGUCGCCGUUGGUCCGCGCGCGAGUGGCGCGGAAUUCAAAUCGCGCGGAUCAUAGCGCGUACACAAUAUAACAUUAAAGUCUUUUAUACGGGUAUAUUUUAGUAUAUUUAUAUUAUUAUAUACGCUUAAAUAUAAUAAUAAUAUAAAUAUAUAUAUAUAUAUAUAUACAUGUACGUAUUAAUAUUAUACGGACACACGUCGUAUACGUUAGGUAUAAUAAUAAUAGCGGCCGCAGCGUCGGUCGUCGGGAUGACAACGAUGACGGUGGCGCGUUGCACGUCGUGCAUAAUAUAACGCGCGCGGUUAUAUUGUUUCGAAACAGGAAGGAAACUCCUGCUGGGCAACAGGAAAAUAAAAUAACUGUCGGAUAGUCACGCGUAUAAUAUAUUCAUCGAUGGAUGAAAAAUAAAUCCAAAACCGUCAUAUAUGCACGGACUUUCUUAGCUUCUCUCCUGCAAGGAAACUAUUAAAUGCAAUAUCUCCUAUGCGUAGUCUAUAUACCGUUCGUAUAUGAUAUAGUAAUGAAUUGCUAUAAAACACGGUCGACGGCUAAUGAAGACGACACAAAGUUGCUGGAACUUUGCAAGGACUGUCCUUAGGAGAAUAAUGUGUUGUGGACCGAAUAUCCAAACAUGUCUUGUCUCAAAAAUACUGGUAUCGGCCGGUUAUGCGUUUGACGUGAUACGGAUAGUCACUAAUUCAACAAAACACACAUUAAAGAAAGACCGCGACAACGGUGGUUAAAUCGAGUAAAGAGAAAUUUGAAUUGGGUAGAUGAAACACAGCGACAAUCGAAGACGUAGCUAGAAAAACCGAGAUUUGUGGAUGAGUUUCGUAGUGCUACUACCAAUCUGCUUGUAUGGGCAGUGAACAUUAAAAAAGCAAGAAACGAAUACAUUUUAUUGAAACAACUACUUUGUAAUAACAAACGAUGAAUCAUUUGCGCAACAAGAUACACAUUAUAUAAUAUAUUUGUCAAUCAAUAGACUAAAAUUUCUACAAUAAGAAGAACUUGAAAAUAUUUUAAACCUACGUGUGUAUAAUAAUUUCGGACACCAUGACAAUCAAAUUUGUUUAUCAAAAUCAAAAUGUCUACAUCUAAAAUUGGAUGGAGGGAGUGACGGUACCUUGAACUUGUGGGGUAACAUAUAGUAGAGUAUAGGAAAAGAAACUUUUAGAGUUUAAUACGUCGACGAUAAAUUCAAGUCAUCGAAGCAGAGUAGGAGGAUACAAAGCUAGACAGUAACUAUUUAGUUAGAACAUUAUAAGUUACAUUAUUUUAUUGAUAACUUUUAACUUUAAGAGUGUAAUGAAGAAUAAUUUUUUAAAAAAGUAACUUUUAAUUACAGCUUAAAUUAUUGUUCUUCAGAAAGUGUAUAGCUCCUCAUUUAUAUUUUAAAAUUAACUUUAAUUUAGCCUAGUUAUUUUGUUUUCCGUAGAAUAGUCGCGAAGGGUUUUUAAAAUAAAAUAAAGAACCACGUGUACGCGGUGACGUAGUUUAUAAAACUAUACCGGAUAUUAAAAGUGUAGUCUGUUGUUGUGGUCGAACACUGUCAUUAUAAACGUGCAGUUUCAAGAGCGUUAUUGGUUUUUCUCCCUUUAUAGUAUACACAUUCGGGUAGUAUAUAUUAUAUAUACAUCAAUUUCGAAGGUACACUCGACCGAUAACGGAGAUUUCGGGGACGGGCUAUGUGUAUAUACAUCACGCCCGACAAUUGAACAACAAUACGAGUAUACACAAGAUAAUAUCAUAAAAAAUAGUAAUAAUUUUUCUUUCUCUUCAAUUUAUCAAUAUUCGAUCUAUAUUAAUAAUAGGAAGUUUCUGUGUGCAUUGGGUCAUUUUUUUUUUUUUAGUGAACAUCCAUCGUGAGUCCGGUGGGUAUGAGGAGACACGAUCUUUUAUUUUCAUUACUGAUAAAGAAAAAAAAAUACAUAAUAACCGUUCUUAUCAUUCUAUAUCGCAGGUAUGAAGUCCGACUGUUUGGACAUCGUCAUCGUUUCGAGUGGCGAUAGCGAAGCCGCCAUGAUGUGGAUCAAUUUUCUCAUUCAGUGUUUUCAACAUUUCAAUCAAAAGGAAAACAAAUCGCAGUACAGGUAUACAUGUAUUAUGUUUAUUAUUAUAUUGAAAGUAGCAUCAUUGUCGAUUUCGCAUUGAUAUAAUCGUAUAAUAUUGUGGACAAUUCUACUAUUCUACAUACAGUUUUUAUUCAAGUCUUAAAUGGAUUUUUAGUCAUUUCGCUAUGAAUAUAGACUAUUAUAGUACACUAUGCCUAUAUAAAUUAUAUUUAUUUCUACUUAUAAUAACAGGUACGAAGAAAACAUAAAAAUCAUUAUUUUUAAAAAACGUUUUUGUGUGACUAAUAUAUUUUAUGAGAUGUUAUGUUAACAAGCGGUAGGUUACACCUAUUUUAAAAUGUUUAAUUCUCGGGAUUGAGUGAGCUUUUAUAAUAUUUUUAAAACUCGUACAUAUGUAUAUUAUUAUAAUGUGGUCAUUUUUUGGAAUUUUUCCAACGGUCAAAAUAAUAAUAUAAUAGCCGUUCUGACGAUGUGUCAUAAGGUUUUGAUGCACAUCAAUUUAACUAAAUCUUCUUAUUCUUCUUUGACUCAUCCCAACUACUCGUGGUUGGCAGUGGCAGAUUUAACAUUCGAACAUAUAUAUAAAUAAAAAAAAUAUAUGUAUAUUUUCACUAUUUUAUCAAUUAUGCCUACAGAACAUGUUAAUGAUGCUAUUAUUUACUCUAUGAUUAUGAUUAUAGGUGGUACACCGACUGUGUAUAAAUAGUUGCAAUGGUUGACAGACGAUAUAACGAUUAACUGAUAAGGAUAACUAACGCUUGAAGUCUGAUAAUAAUAUUAAUAUACACUCGAUUUAAAUUCAUGUUUGUAUGGAAAACUAAUGCAUUUACACUCAUUCAUAAUAUUCAUAACGUAAAAAUUGAACAUAUUUAAUCAUGAAUGCAUUAAUUUAAAAAUUAAUACAUUAAUUCCAAAUCAUGAUUAUGUAUUAACUUUACACGUAUAAUAAAUGUUUAUAGUAUUUAUGGCCCCCUUCUAAAAAAAACUAAUAUUCCGAUCAGGCCUUUUCUCAUAAAUCUGCCACUUCCAGUCGGCCCUCCUUGUUUUAAACUUCCACUUUAACUUGAUUUCCCACAUAAUCGUCGAUCACACCGGUCAUCAACAUAUCAUUAUCAAUCGCAUCCAACAGCCUCUUUUUCGGUCUUCCGCCUACAAUAUGCAUAUAUCGAGUAUCUUACGUUGUUACACAAGUUCCAAUUUAUAGUGUCUUGUAUCUAAAUACUGAAAUCGACGAAUCAAGUAUACAGCGUAUCAAUAUUGGUACCUACUUACUAAUUUUUAAGUUACAUUCCAGAUUAUAAAGUCUCUUGGAAUCAUAAUAUUUUUAUUUUACAUUUUAGAAUUCAGAGAGUGAGAUUAGAAGACGUCCUGUCAGGCGGCAUGUCGGCUCCGCGCCAGGAACGAUGCAGUCAAGCCCGUUUGCAGAUCGUACUGGUUUGUCCGAUUUUCUUAGAGCGGAUUCUCGCGCAUUCCGGUCGAUCCGACAACCUGAGUGCGUUGCUACAAACCAAUCGUAUGCUGGCUCUGUUAGUCGGCGUCACCGAAGCCGACAUAACCGACCAACACAAGACCGGUGAGUUAUCGUCUCGAAAUAAAUAAACAUAGCGACCGAUACUUAUUUUUAUAGGACGUCCUUCUAAUAAAUUAAUUUCAAAAUACGUCCUACCGCAGAUUGUUAACAAUUAUGUCUUUUGUUGGAUACAGUACUGGUAGAUUAUGACAAAUGGAGAAAAAUGGCCGUUAAGGACCAAGACCGCGAAUCCGUAGGUGAUUUUUACGGUGUGUCUAUGGAUAUCCUCAGCAAAUCCAUACAUAUCCAACAAGCGGUAAAGGUGCCCGAAGAAGAUACGAAAUUUUCUAUCACUCCGAAAAAAAUAAAAAUUGUAAGUCGUCGAUUUUCAAAAAAAAAAAAACCUUUUUUAUGAAAAUAUAUUAUUAUAUUACACUUAUUCGACGGGCGAAUAUCAUUCCAGGGCCAAAACAAACUCAUCGUUCUGUUGACAGAGCCGUUGACUUCGGACGAUAACGUAGUGAUCACCGUGGACAAGAAUGGGCACAAGAUUGAAGUGACGAGCGUGACCCGUAGGAAUCCGUAUACGUUACAAUUCAAAAUGCCAUGUUAGUAUAUAUUAAAUAAUAAUAAUAAAUCUAAAAAUUGAAUGACCUUACUUGAUUUUCUGGCCACAGUGAGCUGUUUGCAAGUGUCAGUUCUGGUAAACGUGGUUGUCGAGAAAAACGGCCAGCCGUUGGGUCAGCGCUCGGUCAAGUGCGAGAGUCGCAUGAGGGAAUUAGAUCAACUGAUACGUUCGUUAGACAAUCCGCUAAAUUUUUUGUGUCAGGUAAGAUAAAAUCUUAAGUAUCCAUUUAGAUGAAAAGUUGGACAAGUUAUGGUUAGCCAAUUGUUUUAACCAACUUAAGUUUUAUUAAGUUAAAGUUAGUGUUUAUUUUUUAAUCCUGAUUCGAAUAUGCAUUAAAAUAAUUACAUCGGUAUUUCUAUAGUUUGGUUUACUUUAUUUUUAAGACACUUGUAAAUAUUAGAAAUUUUAAACAUUUUUUUCGUAUUUCAAUACUUUUAACUUAAUCGAGCUGUUUUGUUUUAAUGACCUUUGAUCACGGAUAUAUAAAUAUAUAUUGCAUUAUUGCGACGGGAUAUUCUCCAUCGUGGGUGCGUUGGUUUUCAAAUAAUCUUUGAUUUUUUUGGAUCUCAACCGGAAUUUAUUGUUGUUUUUAUUAUAGACCUUUGGUUUGAAUCCAGCUGACAGAGAGCAGCUGGAUUUGUUUCUGGUCACGGCUUACGUAAAAAACGUACCGCCUAAUUUCCAUCUUCUCCAACCUGCCGGAUCACGGUACCAAUAUUGUAAGUAUUUUUAUUUAAUCGUAUUUAUUAUAAAUUUGUUAAAAAAGAGCUAAAAAAAAACAACGUCAAAAUACAUUAUAAUUUUAAAAUUCUACCUAUAUUUUAUUAUAUAAAAGCUCAAAUCCGUCUGUAACACAUUUUCUCUUAUCGUAUAUCUCUUAUCUCAUAUUUAGCAUUACUUAUUGGAUCUCAUUAAUAUUAUCAGUUAUCCUUUAUCAGUAUCUCUUAUAAUUUAUCUUAUUUAAGUGAUUUUUUUUAAAUGUGUAGCUUAUUAGUUAUCUCUUAUCAAUGUAACUUAAAAAAAGAUAGCUUAUCAAUAAUUAAUAUGUGACAAGUAUCUGAUAUUCUGACUUUAAUACCCAUUUGGCGUUCGACUGCUGGAGUGAACAAACCAUGAUAGGCAUAUAACUAUAGUAAAAUGAAUAAACAAAUUAGCUUAAAACCAAAAUAAUAAGACUUACACAUUAUAAGAAAUUAAGAACCCUGUGUGUGAUUUCUGCGAAUGCCUGCAGUAAACCGUAAUUAAAUAACUGUGUCGGACAGGUCACGAAGAGUACCCGACGAUGCUUCACUUCGCCGCCAAGUUCGGUCUGGAGAAAUUGCUGUGGCAUCUGCUAGAAAGCCCGGGCGGUGAACAGGCGUGCCAGCUGCGGAACGUGUCGCAGAUGACGCCCGCGGACGUGGCUGAGGCGUCCAACCAUCAAAAGCUCGCACAGGCUCUGCGGGGCUACAUGCAGAUGACCGAGCUCACCAGCAUGUACAGUAUACUGAAAGGGAUAUCGGACGGGCACCACAGUCCACAUCAUCAUCUUCACCAUUAUCAUCAUCAUGCGAAAGAUCUGGGGCCGGACGACAAUUACUUGCUACCCCGGCCCUUGAACGACAGCUACCUGGUACCGCCGGCUCCCAGGCCGGUGAUGCAGGAGCCGCCCUCGUCGCCGGUCGUCGACAUGCACUUCUACACCAACGUGGGGUCACCCUUAACCACCAACGCGACAAUGUUUAACUAUCAGAUACCGCCGCCGCCGCAGUCGAUAUUCGCCACCAACUACCAGGUGCCCACCAACGGUCGACCGUACAGCCCGCCACACGCGAGCACGCGAGGCCCUUCACCACUACCGCCGCCUUCUCCCGUCGACACUGUCCCGCAUUGCGGCUACCUGGAGAUGAGCUCUAGUGAGUUUCGUGUGCGCCCGUAAAAAUAAUUUAUUGUCCUUGACCUUAGCUAAUCUACGCUGACACGAUUUCGAUAUGAAAUAGUGCGCGACAGAAAAAACUUCCAUCGGAAAUUAAUUCGUUUUUAUUUUUGCCCCGUAGGUUUGGGUUCCGCCAACUAUCUGCGCGGAUUCAUGUCACUCGACGAUUCGGUCAGCGCAAAAAUGCCCGAUUGCAACAGGUCCGGUGAUUUUUCAACUCACAGCUCACACAGUUCUCGCGGUUUGUAUUUCUUCUUUACAUGCACAUAUUAUGUUACGGGUAAAGUACGAAAAGACGGAUAAUGUAUACAUUAUCUGAGCAAGGUGACCACUACCCAUAACUGUUGACAAAAAAAAAAAAAAAAAAAAAAAAUAUUAUCUAUAAAACGUUUAUUUCGUAAAUUACCCGGGUAGUUUGUACAUUAUCUGCGGCUGAGUGUGUAAAGAAUAUACUUUGAUAAUUUUACAUCUUCACCCUUUGACCUGAAGUAGUAAAUACAAAUGCAUUAUCGGCGCACCUAGAGACCCGGCAGAGUCACACGCUCGCUGCGCUUGCACGGACUGUUUCAAAUGAGAAAUACGAAUACUUUAUUCGCAACACACCGGCUAAUGUAUAAGUUGAUUGGGUAAUGUAAACGUUGUACAUAUUAAAGGUGGAUAAUGUGCACAUUAGUACACUAAUAUACCCGUUCUUAUACCUUACCCGUUACAUAAUAUAUACAAUAUAUUCACAAUUGUAUCAAAUAUUUGCACGUGUACCUAAUAAUAAUAGUGUCGGAAUUUUCCGUCCCGCAGCAGGUAGCAAUCAAAUGUUAUCCGCGCCCCAAGACGAGCUGUUAGAGAUCAUCCACGAUUUCAAAAACAACGUUUUGACCAUCAACGAGGUGGAGAACCUAGUAGAAACGUGGAAAAACCGACACGACGUGCAACAGUCCUUCAAAGAGAAACAGGUACCUACAUGUCUACUUGUGCAAAAUCGUCAUUUUUUACUUCGUCUUCUUUUAAUCUCCGCAUAAACUCUCUUUGUCCAUCUUCAUUUACUCCACACGCCUUCGCGUCUCCUCCGAUAGACCCAGCGGUGGCCAUAAUUUCAUUGAGACUUCGAUUGAUUAACAGGAACAACUGCACCGUAUGAGAGUCGAAUACGAUCGGAUCCAACAGCGAAUGAAAGAUCAUUUGAAACGGCCGACUCCGUUCGAACGCAUUAAAAAAUUCUUCGGCAAACACAAAUCUAAACGUGAGAAACAUAACCAUUUUUGAAUUAAUUGUUUAUUUGUUUUUUUUUUUUUGCAAUUUUUAUUUUACCUAUUUAUCUGAACGACGGUUUUUUUUUUUUUUUUAUAUACAGAUCCGGACGUUUCCCCGCAAGACAACAUUACGAAAAGAAUCGGCUCGGAACAUCAGUCCAAGCGACCGUCAAGCGGCCUGAGUUUACAGAGUUCUAGCAGUAAGUAUAUUAUUUUGUUAUCUUUUUAGAUAGGUAUUUACAUUUUAUCCGAGAUUAACUAUCGUCGUGAUUAUUGUGCAGGUUCUACUUCUUGCGGCCGAUCCAGUACUGUGAGCGUGAACAGCACGAACGAUAACAACGCGGUCCAUUCAGAAUAUUUGGACGACGGAAAGGUGAUUAAAUAUAAUACUAUUUUUGAAUUCACAAAGUCUGCGGGGGAGUCUUAUUGUUUUUAGCGAUUUUGUCGCACCGAAUUCCUAUACAUAUUUCUAUGUAUAUACAGUAGAAACCAUUUAUAAUGACAUUCAAGAGACUAAUUAAAAACAAUCAUAAUAACUAGAGAAACCCCGAUUGUUAAAGUUGAACCAAACCAAACCGAAUCGAACUUUACUUAAAAUUAACGAACCGAACUGAACUUUUAAAAUAUUUUAUCGAACUCGAACAUUAAAAAAGUAAAAAGUUUAGGUUAGGUUAGGUUAACCUUUACGACCUUUAACAAUUUACCAUUAUAAGACCCACUAAUGAGAAGAAAAAAAAGAUUUUUUUUUUCGUAACAAGGCCAUUCUGCUAUCCCACCACAGAACAUCGCAUUGAUGUCCACGCAGAAUCGGCAUCGAAUGAUUUUCGAACCGAACUAUUGAGUAUUUGGUUCGGUUCGAUUAUUUGUCACAUCUCUAAUUAUAACCGAUUAUCAUUAUAACCAAUUCGUAAGGGACUAGGUAUGGUGUCAGGUUAUUCCGCUAUUUGGACGGUGUACGUUCAUCUAGAGGUUUACGUUAAUGGACGUUUCACAUUAUAUAAUUUUUAUACAGCCGCUGAAACCGUCGUUUUCGUCGUACUUUGAUCAGCCGCACUCGUUUUCCACGUUCCUUCAGGGCAAGGCGUCGGCCGAUUACGCCGGUCACGACUACGGUAACGUCGCGUACUCGCCGCUAGGCUCCACGACGGCCGAGACCAUCGCAGAAGAGACUGAAGCGCCGUGCCGGGAUUCGCCGACGGCGCUCGCCGCUUCGGCCAUCCGGUGCGCGACCGGAAUCGCGUGCUCGCUAGCCACAUCGCCGACAUCGCCGCCGCCGCCGUCGUCGCAUUUCCAAGACGACGUUGCCGCGGCCUCUACCGUUGUCUCGGUCGAAGACAAGGUGCAACAGUUGUUCGUCGACAUGCCGGAAUACAGCAACGUGCCCGCGGUCUCCGGGCACGCCGGAAACGCUGCUCGCAAGUACACGUCGCCGCUCCAGACGACGUAG